GAAAACAAAGGUUCAGAAAUCCAAAGUUAUUGCUCCUCUAGGUGAGGUUGAUUUCACAUGAUCAUUUGUUUCCAAAUAGGGCAGGAGUGGCGAACCCCCAUCCUGGGGACCUGAUCAGCCCCUCAGUCUUUUUUGGGGGUGGGGUGGGGUUUGCUAAGACUUCACAAACUUUGGUGGCAACAGCAAAAGGACAAAACAAUGUUAAGUAGGCACAGCACUGAUUAGGGAUGGGCAAAUAUGUCAAUUUCAGUUUCUCAGUUUCCCCGUUGUUCAAUUCUUCAUAUUUCUGCUUGCUAUCUGGUAAGCCCAACACCACCAUGGUGAGGACUCUGCAUCUUCUACAAGGGCCCACUGAGGAAGUCCACUGAGUGCACUUUGACCAGGGCCUCCUGAAACCUGAUACUGGCCCUGGACUUGGAGUAAGGCUUCUGCAUUUCAUUAAUGCCUCCACCCGUCAUUCCGCUUAUGCUCUGUUCAAACCAGGACUGAGUGCUUUCAGUAAAAAUAGAUUCCGAUGCUGAAUGCUGUCUCAAACUUAAGCCCUCAAGGACUCUGGCCAAUUGCUACAUGUAGACUUUCCUUCUUAAACACCCCUGCAUCAUUUCUGCCCGUUUCAAAAUGUAUCUAUGCACGUGUCCAUAAGGAUAUACACAAUUAAACCAUUCAGCUAGCCAAGUGCUCACUGGACAGGUGGAUAUGAGCAUUUAUGUCCCAGCGUUCACUAGGGGAGCAAUUUGUAUAAAUAACUUUUCCAGCCAAUAACACCCACGGUAAAGCAGCAACAAAUUGGACUGGAUUCUGGAGCUCCUCGUGAGAUUCGCGGUCGUCGUUUCCAUUCUGCUGGAACGCUUACAAACGGCCUGAUGUUUGAGCCUCUUGCAAAGCGAGCUGCUUGGUUUAUCUAACAGUGCAGCACUUUGGGAAGAAAAGCAGCCUUUCAUAACACAUUCAGCGACCACCUGUUAUGUGCCCGCCUCAUUAAUCAAGCGGCUUUCCCCAAUAAAUGUUGCCAUGUAAACGCCCUUGGCCUUCUCCUCGAUCUUUGCAUUACUCGACAGCCUACGCUGGAAGCACAGACCUUCUGCAAAUCGCUGAAUGGUGAAUCUUAUGCUGCCGUUUUCCAGGUACGUGCCUUUUAUAUGUGCUGAUAAAGUCAUUAAAAAAGUGAAGGGGGAAGAUGGCACAAUAGUGGCAGCUAUGAAUGCAAAGCUCAAGUGACUUAUAAGCCCUACCUUUCAUUACCAUGUCAUUUUCCUUUCUUUCACCAUGGUUACAGGGAGUAUUUCUGCUUUGCUCUUUGCACUAAGUUUGCAGCAGAAAGUGAUCCCGCUCCUGAAGAGUUCACACGAGUCCAUUUCUAAAUAAGUAAUGAUGUUGUUCCAGCUCGUGCUGAAAUAUCCUGGCUUUGGUAGCUCUGCUGGAGGCAUCUACAUGGCUUCCCCAGUACUGAAAUAUGAAGAAGCAAAGCAGGGACUGAAUUAGUUCAUGCAUGCAGGACAAGUGAUUCAUGAACACAGUGUCCUGCCCUCCCUUCACUUGGUCUGUAAUGGACUUUGCCUUCUCUUUUGGCUUGUGGAGAAGGGCUGGCCCUCCAAAGGCUGGUAGACUCCAUCAACCCCAGCCAGCAUGGUCAGAAGUCAGGGCUGAUGGGGAGUUGAAAUCCAACAACAUCUGGGGGGCCUCAGCUUCCCUAUCCCUGCUGUCAAGUGAGUACGAGGAACAAUGAAAACCUCCCACAGGUUUAGGAAACUGGCUUAUUGACCCAACCCGUAUAAAGCAUUAUUCCCAAUAUGUUUUGAACUGUAAGACUAGCUCCAAAACGAGCUCCUUACACUUGCUGGGGCAGCUGGCAUUGCUCAAAAUGUGUUAAGAUUUUGGACCAAUAAACCAGUUUCCUGCACUUGUUGGAUCCUCAGUUGUUUCUGCUUUGCGGUGUGUUUGAUUAUCCAGCGGCUUUCCAGAUGUUGCCAUGGAUGAUGUAAGUUGUAGUUCAGCAACAUCUGGAGGGCUGAAGGUUCCCCAUACCUGCCUUAUGGAUUGCAGGACUUUGCAACUUUAAUUGUGCAGAGAAGAAGAAAAAUAGGUUCAAGAAUUGAUUAGAUACGUCAGAUGGGAAAAACCACAGCUGGCAAUUAUUUUCUCCUUGUUUGCCAUACUUAAAGAUACGGGAGAACUCUCAGGGCCAAGGCAAACAUUGCAAACAUUGUUUUAAUUUGGCUAGCUUUUUUUUUUUUUAAAUUAUUGUUGUUAGCCACCCCCAAAUUGGAGGAUGGACAGGAUAUUAAAGUUUUGUAUUGAUAAAGAAACCUGUAAAGAGAGCUAGUGUGGUUUAGUGGUUAAAGCAUUGGGCUAGGACCUGGGAGACCAGGGUUCAAAUCCCCUCUCAGCCAUGAAGCUCAUCUGGUAUCCUUGGAUCAGCCUCUUGGCCUAACCUACGUCGCAGGGUUAUCGUGGGGAUUAAAUGACGAGAGGGUGGAACCAUGUGAUCAUCUUGAGCUCCUUGGAGGAAAAGUGGGAUAUAGAUGCAAUAAAUAAAUAUUAAUACUCUGCCCAGUCGCAUGGCUUAAAGAAAAUAUUUGGGAGACAGCCUUAAAGGAAAAAUUAUGACACUAUGUUAUAUGCUUCACCCUCUCCUUUCCUGCCACUUUACUCCAAACUGUACCCAAAACUGCUUCUCCACUUCUCCAUCACCCCCUGCCAAUGUUCAGAGGAGAAUUUUCAAGUGCAAAUGUACGUACAGUGGUACCUUGGGUUACAUACGCUUCAGGUUACAGACUCUACUAACCCAGAAAUAGUACCUCAGGUUAAGAACUUUGCUUCAGGAUGAGAACAGAAAUCAUGCUCCAGCGGCACGGCGGCAGCAGGAGGCCCCAUUAGCUAAAGUGGUGCUCCAGGUUAAGAACAGUUUCAGGUUAAGAACAGACCUCCAGAACGAAUUAAGUACUUAACCUGAGGUACCACUGUAUUUCAGUCCUAGUAUAGCUCUUCUCCACCCUGCAUAACACGCACUUUCAUUAUACAACUGAUCAAUGCUACAAGAGGGCUGUCUUCUUCUUCUUCUUCUUCUUCUUCUUCUUCUUCUUCUUCUUCUUCCUCUUCUUCUUCAUCUGCCCACUCACCUACUCCCCAAACAGCUUGACUGACCCUAAACACAGGUUAUGCUGGGAUGUCGGUUUCAUUAACGCCGGGAAGCAGACCUCACAUUACGGAUAUGCCAAAUGGCUCUGCAGCUGCAUCCAUUAUUUACCACGAAACCAUUAAUUAUCAGUGGCAAAACAGCACUGCUGAUCAUUGAUGCCAGGAACUCCAGCACGGUAAUUUCCAUCAGUGGAAAAGAAAAUUAAGUUAUGUUGGGAGUGUCUUAAAUGGCCAUUCAGAAUAAAUAUUGCUGGCGGCUUGCGACUGCAGACAUCGUCCCUGCAUGAGGAUAUGAAAAUGUCUCCAUCACCUUUUUAACACGGCGUAGGAGUCUGUAUUCGCUCUGCCUUUCAAAUGGAUCUUUGAUUUAUGGGUGCGAUAAAGGCGCUGGUGAUAGAGCAUAAGGGAAAGAAAGCUUUACUUUGUCAGAGAAACUGCAUUUGUGAAAGGAAGGUGGCUGUUCCUUUGGAAUUGAAUAUUGUCCACUGAGCGGUAUCUUAAAAGCCCAGCUCUAAAUGAGUUUAUGUGGGAUGUGAUACAUAAGUAGCAGUCAAAUACAACAUUCCUUGUUUUCCUAGAGUGGACAUGCAGGGGGAUGUUUGAUUCAGCCAGUCGGAACUUCCUGCUUCCUCCUGGGCUGAGACAUACUUCCUCUUGCAUGGGCAUGACCUUACCUGUCAAGGUAACAAAAAGAACAAGGUACGCAGCCAUCUCUCUCUCUUUGACUUCCUCCUUCGUUGGACCAGCAGCUUUAUGGCUAGAGAUGCUCUGUUGGCUUUCAGAGGACAAAGGGACUAUCUCCAUAUGGGAUAGACCCACAUGUAUAUACUUUGUAACUAAGUCUGCCUUCAGGGAUCCAACUGUGAACUGAUGAUGUGAGUAAACUUCUUUUAUAUACUUUAAACAAGAUUGUGGCGUGUUCAUUCUUUUAAAAGUGAUAUAAGGGGACUUACCAGGAAUCUAAUAGUAAGAGGCUUAAACAAGCCUGCAGUUUACUCAUAAGGAAGUCCUGCGUAGUUUAGAACAGGGGUUGAGAACCUCAGACCCAGAGGCCAAAUGCUUCCCUUCAGGCCUCUCUUACCUGGAACUCUCUGCAAGCCACAGCCCUCGCUGGUCCUGCUUUGAACCCUAAGCAUUCUUGCCUGGCUAGAACAGGUCCUUGAACUCUGCCAAUGCCUCUUGCUUGUUUGGAUAGAGUGGGUGAGUGGGUGUUGAAAGCAGCCUACUGUACAAAGGUAACACUUACAAGUGGAAAGAGGUUUGUUGCUUGCAGGCUUUCCAUAGGUAUCUAGCUGGCUACUGUGAUAACGGGGUGCUGUAGUAGAUGGACUUUUGGCCGGAUGCAACAGGGCUCUUCUUAUGUUCCUAUCCACCACAACCCCAAGACCUGUGUAUAUGGUCAUAACCCCACUAGUGUAUAUCAGAAGGUCAGCAGUUCGAAUCCCCACGAUGGGGUGAGCUCCCGUUGCUCUGUCCCAGCUCCUGCCAACCUAGCAGUUCAAAAGCAUACUAGUACAAAUAGAUAAAUAGGUACUGCUGUGACAGGAAGUUAAACGAUGUUUCCAUGCACUCUGGUUUCCGUCACGGUGUUCUGUUGCGCCAAUAUGGUUUAGUCAUGCUGGCCACAUGACCCGGAAAGCUGUCUGUGGACAAACGCCAGCUCCCUUGGCCUGAAGCAAGAUGAGCGCCCCAACCCCAUAGUCACCUUUGACUGGACUUAACUGUCCAGGGGUCCUUUACCUUACCUUUACCUAUAUGUUAUGACAGGGUGUUUUAUUCCCCUUCUCAUUGCUCAUCCUUUUACACUUGCUUACAUCAAACGUAAUAUGUAUUGCAUUUGCAAAUACACUACAAUUCCUUCCUUCCAGAGCCAGUGUGGUGUAGUGGUUAAGAGCGGUAGACUCGUAAUAUGGUGAGCCGGGUUCGCGUCUCCGCUCCUCCACAUGCAUCUGCUGGGUGACCUUGGGCUAGUCACACUUCUUUGAAAUCUCUCAGCCCCACUCACCUCACAGAGUGUUUGUUGUGGGGGAGGAAGGGAAAGGAGAAUGUUAGCCGCUUUGAGAUUCCAUCGGGUAGUGAUAAAGCGGGAUAUCAAAUCCAAACUCUUCUUCUUCUCCUCCAGUCCCCUGAAGACAGCAGAAGGGCUAGUUGGAUAAGGAUGUGCGGUGCUGGGAAGGCACCCUCCCCCCUUCCAAAAGGGAAGGUGUACUUUGAAAAUAGCAGCCUCUUGUAUGAGGUUAUUCUGGAAACAAAAUCUAAGUGAAGAUUUCAUUGUGUUGGGGGGUGGCAGGAAGAGGAUAAUUCCUAAAAGGGAAUGGUAGCAAUUUGACUAUGCAUUAUUAAACUUCCUUUCCAACAAUUCAACAGCUCAAGGAGCUACCGAGCAUUCUGCAGUACAAUGAGGAGAGCUCUACUUCCGAGCCUUCUCCUUGCUGUCACCGGAAUCCACCUCACCAGAAGCCAUACCUCCCAACCUGUGGCUGAAAGCACUGCACACUUGGCAGUGGAUUUGUCCCGGGUUCUUUCUGUCUCCCGGAAAAAUGAGAACAUUCUCUAUUCUCCACUUGGAGUUUUGUUGGCCCUCGGGACAAUCCACUUAGGAGCCAAGGGAAAAGCACGUGAUGAGAUCAGGCAACUUCUCAACCUGCAAGGAAAUGAUGGUGAGUAUCCGCACCAGCCUUCUCAAACCUGGUGCUCCCUUUUCCCUCCACCUCCUGUUUUAGACUGCAACUUUCAUCAGACCCAGCCAGUGUAGCCAUCCAAUAUUUGCAAUCAGAAUGAUCUGGCUAGCUAUCUGUUCUUCUUGAGUUUUGCUGUUGUUUUUAGUUUGCUAAGUUGCAUGGUAACAGUUAAAUCACUUUUGUUUUUUACGUUGGGUUUUGUAUUUGUAAGCAAACGGAGGGGGGAAGUGGGAUGUAAAUGCAAUAAUAAUAAAUGGAAUAAUAAAUAAUAAUUGGUGUAUGCACAGAGACAAAUAGGUUAUUUUUAAAAAUAUUAUAUACUACUUGUAGUGAACCACUUUGACUAAUUUUGAUACAAUAUGGAAACCAACUAUUGACACACAACAAAAUCAUUUUUUUUAAAGACAAAAAAACCUCCAUUCCAAUUCCCCUCUGCCUGGUUUUGUAUGCCACACACUUCAACUGUCAGUGAGCAUCAUUCUGUGGCUACUGGAUAGGCUCAGUCCUCAAUGGAGAGGGGUUUGUUUUGUUUUUGCAGAGGUUCCUCCUCAAUUAUUUUGUCCUUGAAACCUUGAAGUUCUGCCCUACUUGCUGCCCAUCUGGUGAUAGCUCUUUCUUGUGCCUGAAUGGUGUUGUUUCGGCUACAAAAAGUUCCACGUUCAGAGAAAGCAUUCCCUUGCCUCCCAGAAAGAACAUACAGUGGUACCUCAGGUUAAGUACUUAAUUCAUUCCAGAGGUCCGUACUUAACCUGAAACCGGAGCACGAUUUCUGUUCUCAUCCUGAAGCAAAGUUCUUAACCUGAAGCACUAUUUCUGGGUUAGCAGAGUCUAUAACCUCAAGCGUAUGUAACCUGAAGCGUAUGUAACCCGAGGUACCACUGUAGUGACAAAGUCAGUCUGGCUCCAUUCACUGGUCAGUGUGGGAGCAAUUAUUCCAAUACUCGUUUUCCUCUUCCCUUCUUAUUCCUUUUGCAUCUUAUUUAUUAGAUUGUGAGCAUCUGGGCAGGGAUGCCCUCAUCUUUUAAUAUGUGCACAGUGCUUAGAAAAAAUAAGGUGCUUUAUAAGUACAAAAAUCAACAACAGCAUGUUGCUCCACUUCUCACUUUGGGCCUUUUCAAAUCCCAAGUAUUCUGCAAGCGUAUGUUCAUCCAUAGAAACGUAGAUAUCACCAAAGUUCUCUGAGGUUUCUUACUGUGAGUGACUUGCACAGUGGGGAGGUAUAAGCCCUACCUCUUGUCUGUUGGCAUGCAACAUGACAUUUUGCUUUCUGUAUCUUGUGCAGAAGCAAAAGCAAACCAAAGCAAACAUUGCCUCCUAUGAAGCUAAAAGGUCUGAUAACUGAAGGCUGCUUUCAAAUGCAAGGUCUAAGAAAAUGUAAUAACUGGAUAUAAUUGUUUGUAUCUCAAACGCAGUUUGGGCAAAAUGAAAUCUACAAAUCAACCCCAGUGUGCAAGGAACACAUUUGCAUAGCUUAGUUUAUUUUUUUUAAAAAAAUAAUCCUUUGACAUCUAUGGCAAAUAAUUUAAAAAACAAAACCAAAAGACAGAUGGGCAUCUUUGCGGCAUUUCUUUUAGCCCUUUCACUGAAGAUGUAAAUCCACCCAUUCAAGCAGAUGAUUGCCUACUAUUAUGGUUCAUUUUUCCCCCUUUAGAAAAUACAUUAUGAAAUAAACCCUCUUUCCUCUAAAUUCCUCCAAAUGCCUUGCUAUCAAUCACGGACACAAAAGGAAGGUCUCUGGAACGUCUGUGCAGUACAUGCAAUCACACGAUCUAGUGAUGGAACAGGCUUAAUGCUUGAUUGGCUUCACACUGCUGUUUUUGUAAAAAUGCCGCUCUUCGAGAUAUAAAGAGGGGCAUGAGAGAGAUCUUGGCCAUGGUACCCAUUUAUUCUUUUCAGCAAUUAUCCUCCACCUCUGUCCUCUUCCCUCUCAUUCGCUCUCUCAGUGAGGAGGAGGAGUGACAACCAUCUUCUGCUUUAUCGGUCAGAUUGGGUGUCUCUGGUGAGCAGUUGUCUUCUAUAUAUAUGUGAGCUCCAGCAGGUACACAGGCAUGCCAGCUGCCAAUGUCAGGCAUGGUUGUUGUUGUUUAGUUGUUUAGUCGUGUCCGACUCUUCGUGACCCCAUGGACCAGAGCACGCCAGGCACUCCUGUCUUCCACUGCCUCCCGCAGUUUGGUCAAACGCAUGCUGGUAACUUUGAGAACACUGUCCAACCAUUGCGUCCUCUGUCAUCCCCUUCUCCUUGUGCCCUCAAUCUUUCCCAACACCAGGGUCUUUUCUAGGGAGUCUUCUCUUCUCUGAUGUGGCCAAAGUACUGGAGCCUCAGCUUCAGGAUCUGUCCUUUCAGUGAGCACUCAGGGCUGAUUUCUUUCAGAAUGGAUAGAUUUGAACUUCUUGCAGUCCACAGGACUCUCAAGAGUCUCCUCCAGCACCAUAAUUUAAAAGCAUCCAUUCUUCGGCGAUCAGCCCUCUUUAUGGUCCAGCUCUCACUUCCAUAUAUCACUACUGGGAAACUAUAGCUUUAACUAUCAGACCUUUGUUGGCCAGGUGAUGUUGCUGCUUUUUAAGAUGCUGUCUAGGUUUGUCAUCGCUUUUCUCCCAAGAAGCAGGCAUCUUUUAAUUUCGUGACUGCUGUCACCAUCUGCAGUGAUCAUGGAGCCCAAGAAAGUAGGCAGUGAUCCAUGAAGGAGGUCAGGCAUGGUAGGCUACAUCAAAAGUAUGUGUCCCUGUUUCCACACCUCAGUGAGUCUGCACAUGUCGGAUGACUAAUCCAUUCCACCUCCUCUACCAUGUAGAUGGUGUAUGUUAUGUAUUCAGUGGUCUGUGUUUGCCUGAGCUUAAGUCUGGACUAAGGAUUCUGAGCUCCUGUGUUCUGAUUCGAUACAUGAUGUCCAGUCACAGAACAUUUCAGGAUUUGGGCCUCUGCCAUUGGCCCUUGACCUCUGAGUCGUAAUUUGCAGCUUGGAAGUUCAGACAGCCAAUCACACUGGGAGUGGGAGUGGCCCAGGCUUUCAGGAAUGUAUAUAAGCAGUUGCUUUGCACCUAUUUCCCAGUUAUGUAGUUCAAUGAAGGUUCUUGCCAUUAUCGCUGUGUCUUGCCCCGUGGGAACCCACCUACACUUCAGUGUAAACAUAUGAGACGGGUGUUCUAUGUUGACCUGAUCAUUCAGAUACUCAACCAUGGACAUUUCUCUCUUUCACAAUUAUGAGUCUUUCACACAAACAACAAUUUUCAUUGAAUGCCUAGGCUAUCAUCUGCACAGUGGAGAGAAUGAGUAUCCUGUCGAUUUACAAAGGCCCAGUAAAUAGAUUGUGUGAACUUACCCUGUUUAUCGUUGUGGGAUAUUUAAAAUGCACUCAAACCAACAAUUUGUGUCUUGCUAGAUAGGCACAUGAUAGGAGCUGAAGCUCAUGGAGUUUUCCUGUAAGUUUGCUAGAGAGAACACUGUGAGAGACACUCUCACUGUGCCGUGAUAGGGGGAGGGCGUAGCCAUAAAUAUUCUCUUACCUGCCUGGGCACAUUCUCCUUUUCAGAGGCUAAGUCUAAGGUCCAAUUCUCAGAUUCCAUCUUAAGCUAGACUUAAGUAUGUCUCCAUAACUGAAUUACCAUUUUAAGCCUGCCUGAACAAAGCUGCUGUUUUAUUCUUCAACAAGUAUUUUGGAUGAGAAAAUGUUAUCUUUACCUUUUACAAGAUUGUAAAACCACGGAGAGACCUGGUCUCAACAGAGACAUUGGAUUCUUAUCUCAUUAUACUUGAUAAAGCUAUUUUUAGCCAUCUCACCCCUUGCUUUUUCCUGUAAGAGCAAUUGCAGUUGUUAACAGUCGUCAACAGGUUUACCACACCUAUCAGCCAAUCACCCAUUCCCACCACCCUUCUGAGUAAUACCCCUCCCCACCCUCUCUCUCUAUAUAAGGGUCUGGUGACUUCUGUUUCAGUGUAUCUGAAGAAGUGUGCAUGCACAUGAAAGCUCAUACCAAUAACUAACUUAGUUGGUCUCUAAGGUGCUACAGGAAGUAAUUUUAAAAUUUUGUUUUAUCUAAUAAAUAUAUCCUCUCCUAACAUUUAUUCACAUCCCAGCAAUCAUCCUAUACUGGGGUAUCCCAGGUGUAAAUGUAAGUCAUCCAGACAUGAUUAAUAAUCCGUAUAUUUCUUUUCCCAGUUUCCUGAUCUGUAGCCAGACUAUCUUCCUCUAUCACAUCAUUCUUCAAAAAUGACUAAAUAUGUCUUUUAGCAGCUCAAACAUAGCUUUAUUAUAAGGAUUCCAGAAAUAAAUAAAUCAUUGUCACCUAGCAGAGAAAAAUGGAAAACUGAAUGCCCCAGGUCAGUGGAUAGCUUGAUGAAUGUGUUGGCCAUGUAUGUGGUAGCUAUGAAAAGGGCAAAAUUCUUGUUAAGGAUAAUUAGCAAAGAGAUUGAAAAUAAAACUGCCAAUAUUAGAAUGCCAUCAUACAAAUCUAUGGUGAGACGGUACUUAGAACUUGUGUCUUUCUGGUCAUCUCACCUCAAGAAGGAUAUUGCAGAGCUGGAAAAGGGCAACCAUCAUGCUCAAAGGGUUGGAGCAAACCUUUGACGCUUUUUGGUUAAGGAAGAAAACAUCAAUACAUGGGUGGGGGAGGUGACUGGGGUUGUCAAUAAUAUGCCUGAUGUGGAGAAAAUGGAUCGAAAAACGUUUUCCUCCCUCAAUUAUAAUACAAAAUCUUGGGGCCGUCCAAUGAAGCUGAACUUUGGAAGAUUCAUGACAGAAAAAAUAAAGUUCACUCAGUGCGCAAACAGUGGAGUUUUCUCCUACAAGAGGCUGUGAUUGUCAUAGACUUGGAUGGCUUUAAAAGAGAAUAAAGGCAAUCAAUGGUUACUAGUCAUGAUGACUAUGUUCUGUUUCCACUGUGGGAGACAUUAUGCCUCUGAAUACCACUUGCUAGGAAUGGCAAGUGGGAUUAGUGCUGUUUCACCCAGGUCCUGCUUUUGAGCUUCCCAUAGGCAUCGUAUCUACGGGACCGCCUCUCCCGGUAUGCCCCACGGAGGACCUUAAGGUCCAUAAAUAGCAACACCCUAGUGGUUCCGGGCCCUAAGGAAGUUAGAUUAGCCUCAACCAGAGCCAAGGCUUUUUCAACACUGGCUCUGGCCUGGUGGAACGCUCUGUCUCAUGAGACCAGGGCCCUGCGGGAUCUGAUUUCUUUCCGCAGGGCCUGUAAGACAGAGUUGGUCCGCCUGGCCUUUGGCUUGGAGUCAAUUUGAUUCCCUCCCCCUCUUUCUUUUUCCUUUCUCCUCCUGUGAUGAGGCUGCAUUUUAAUUUUAAUUGUUUUAAUGUUUUAAUGUUGUAUUUUAAUCUUGUUUUUAAGUUGUAUUCAUUCAGCUGUUUUUAUUAUUGGUUGUUAGCCACCCUGAGCCCAGCCUUGGCUGGGGAGGGCGGGGUAUAAAUAAAUAAAAUUUAUUAUUAUUAUUAUUAUCUGGUCUUCCUACCCAAAAAUCAGCUUUAAAAGUCCCCAGACCUAUUUGCCUGAAAUCCAGCAGUUUUCUUAUCCAGAGGCAACCUCCUUCACAUCUGCUCUUUUCAGAACAAUGGUCCAUAAAACACAUGGGGAGAUUAAGUGGUUUGCUCAUCACCCACCCCGAAACUGUAAUAGCUGUCCUUGUAGAGAAAUCAGUUAUCCUUCUGAAAUCUGGCAGGAUUCAUGCUCUCAGAAGGGGCAACCAUGCCUGCAAAUUCCAUCCAGUUUGGCCAUACUAAAAAUAGCCAUAGCUAAAGUUAAGUCCAGGGGUGGGGUGGGGCGAAUCACAUCUUCCAACAUAAAACCCCAAGGACCAACUUGUCUGCAAUCUGGCAGUCUAGAGGCUACCAUGCUUCAAAAUUACACACAUUUUUGUUCAAUUUUUAAAAAAAAUAGUUUUAGUUCAUGUUUAUUUCCUUAUAUGAGAUGCAGCAGAGGAAAUGAGGCAAGCCUGGAUCCCUGAAGUAAAUUGGGGGGCCUCUAAAUUGCUGGGUUAGGUUGUUUUAAGGAGCACCAAAUUAGAGUCUGAACCAAACUUUGUGGUCAAUGCACACAUGCAUCUCCACCAUAUAAGGUUUCAAUUGUCUCCUUGUUAAUAAAAGGUUGGUGAUUAUACUUCAAGUGCACAUUUCACCACUAGAAGAAAAACCCAAAUAGGAAACCCAUAAAUCACUUUAAAAGGGACAUGUGCCUUUAAGAGGGGAGAAGGUUCAUUAGAGUACAUAUAAGUCGUUCAUGAAGGAAAGAUCAGGAUGGCUAACACAUGAAGUAAUUUUUUGAAAGCUUCAGUAUCUUCUGUAACACCAGUUCUGAAAAUUGUGCAGAGUCGUUUUGAAAGAUAAAUUUAUAUGUCAUCAGAACAGCGCUUGGAUGCUUUCAGCUCGCUCUUAAAUUCAACAGAUCUUGCUUUCUCCUUAUUUAAGCUUAUUUUAAUCCCUGCUGGAGCUCCCGGGACUUUCUAUUGCUUUAGAAAUGCAACAUCUGACUUGCUAGAUGGCAACAUGAAGUGAUAUUAGGAGGAGUGUGAAAUAAUGUACUUUAUCAGCCUUGUUCUUACACAGCCACCGUGGUAUUAAAUGAACAACUUGUGGCAUGAAAUGAGGAUAAUUCAGAUUCAGUACCAGGGGGUCUGUCAUCAGAGAAUAGGAAUGCUUGCUUGUUGACAAGCUGCUGUCCCUCUCUCUGGUCUCAACUGUAGCCCAGGGCCCAUUCUGCCUCUUGCUGCCUCUAUGGGGUUUCUGUUGUGAUGCCAUCAGAACAAUACUGUACUUUGGGGCAGAAGUCCAAUGUCCUGCUCACCAGAAUGAGUGGGAGAGGACCACAGUGCAUCAGGCAUGACUUAUCACAUUUUAAAGCAAUAGAGAUGAGCAUCAUAAAAGAAACCCUAUAAGACCUGCACCGCUGUGUUUCUCUUAUAUUUUACUGGUCUAUUGCUGCUGCCAUCAGCUUCUCCACACUUCCUACUCCAGCAAUAAGUAUGACUAUAGCUCAGUUGGUAGAGCAUCAGACUCUUAAUCUCAAGGUUAUGGGUUUGACCCCCAUCUUGUGCAAAAGAUUCCUGCAUUGACCCUUGUUGUCCCUUCCAACUCCACAAUUCCUUGAUUCUCUGAUAUGUGCCAUUAGGACAGCAGUGCUGAAAAACCAUUCCUUUGUUAGACCACUCCAGUGGUCAGUUAAUUAUAGGAAAGGAUGGUAGUCAGUUGAUACUUAGAUGAAGCCUGGUCUUUACUGAGCUUUCAUUGUGAUUUGUUUGUGGGGAGGUUAUAAGGGAAUGAAUAUUCAUCCUGAAAUGAUUGCAGGAUUACACAUCUUCCUGUAAAUAAUCCGUUCACUCCACAUUCUGAGGUGCAUUUUCCUAUCAUUUUCCUAACUGCAACUAACUUAUUUUUAAGUGGAUUUGUUACACCAAGGCGACAGAGCUCUCCCUUGAAUUGUGCAAACCUAUAUUUCUGCUGUGCUCUUGAAUCCCUCCUGCAAAAUACUGACAGUCUGGAGGCAAUACGACUUCUGAGAAAACAUGCAUAGGGUUGCGCUCUGCAAGCUUCCAAUACUUUCUCAUCCAAGUAAUCUAACCCUGAGAGCAUUGUCCUUGGAACUUUUCACCACUCAAGCGAUGCAGAAGUUCUUAUAACCUGCUUGCCGCAUGGCCGGAGCCUUGGCUGCAAACUGAGCAAAAGAAAAACUACAAGUGGCAAGAAGGCAUAGCCAUAACAAUGCUAUGUGAGUGUGCAUGCACAGUACAUUUUUAAUAAAAAUCAUAAAAUGCAUUACAGCUUUUAAAGCCUAGCAUUAGGCUUUAAAAAUGGCAUCAAGUUACUUGCAGGACCAGGCAUCGGAUUCCCAUACCCCAACCCAUGCAAAUAAGAGACCAACGAGGCUGGGUUUUGGGUCAAAACAGGCCACAACUUUAUUGAAUACAGAUGAAGAGUCUCUUCCUUUAAAUUCCUAGGAGUUUAUCUCAGUGAAGACCUUACUUGGAAAAUAAAUACAACCCAGGUGGUUAAGAAAGCCCAACAGAGACUCCCAUAUCCUCAGAAUAUUGCGGAAGAACGAUGUCAAUCAACAUUUGAUGAUCUCCUUCUACCGGUCAACAAUAGAAAGUGUCCUUUCAUACUGCAUCAUGGUGUGGUACGCUGGUUUGACAUCAACUGAUAGGAAGUGCCUACAGAGGGUGGUGAAUACAGCACAAGAUAUUUUGGGCUGUCCUGUGAAUCCGCUGGAUGAAAUAGUGGAAGAACAUUGCCUCAGGAGAGUGAGGAAAAUUCUCAGGGAUGAUUCACACCCUGGCCGGCACUUUCUUGAUCUCCUGCCCUCAGGCAGAAGAUAUAGAAGCGUGAUUAGUUGCACCAAUAGGGUAAAGAACAGCUUCUAUCCGUGGGCUGUUAGGCUGCUGAAUGAAAAGAUGACAACAGGGCAACUGACUUUCAGUGUGUUGGUGGGUGUGCGUCAGUAAAAGAGGGGAAUUAAGACUAAGAGAGCUGAGUGGGGGGUGUUUGUGUAAUCUCACUGUAUACAAGUUGUACAAGUGACAAUAAAGUAUUUCAAUUUCAGGCAAUUAAAGAGGUUUGGCCUGGGCGUGGGGCAAUCAAAAUACUUCUGGCCCGCCCGCUGGAAGUGAUGCGUGGUCAGUCCAGAUGGGGGUUCCUAAGACUUACAUCAAAUAGGUGACCCCUGCAGGGAACACCGUCUGGGGGAGUGCCCUCGGCCCUGGCCCCGCCUAGACAUGCAGACAUGGCCACUCCCCCCGUAACACUUUAAAGGGAAACCCCAGCAUUUGAAGGGGCAGGCAGAGACUACAACCUCCCCUCCAUCCAAAACAAAGGAUUGCCCCAAUGCCCAACCAGUUGUGACAAUUGCUAUGAGGUAGGCAAAACCAUGGGGUCCAUGCCAAUUAGCCUGGUGGGCAAAUUCCUACCCAGCUCCUUAAAGGACGGUGACCGCCGUAGCCACAGCGAAGUCAUUGACUAACAGCUUAAAUCGAGGGUGGGUGGGCAGGGGAAAAACCUGGUGAAGGAACAAACAGGUAAUGCCCCAGGUGCUGGCUGCUUAAAUGGGCAAGGGGUGGAUCCGAGGAAAGCCUACCUGCUCCAUCGGCUCUGCCCCCUGGUGCAGCCCCAGCCCCAUUAGCCAAAGCCGGGUGCAGGCUAGGAUCCAGUUACUGAUAGACAGCCCUCACGGCCUAUCAGGAAGGGCACCACUGUUCCAUUUCCCUCGUUGGGGCCCUGGUGAAGCCUCUGCCCUUCUGCAAUGUCACGGCACCAAAAGGGUGAGCGGGCUCAUCACCCUAGUGCACAGUUUUAAACCAUUGUGCCAAUGGCACUCAUAAGGCCAAACUUCAAGACAUAAUAUGGGGCUCUAUAGCACAUGCCCCCCCAACAUCUAUAUGGGACUGAAGCUGGUUGUGGCAAAAUCUCUUUUUUCUUUAUUUUUGUUUUGUUUUGUAAAUGUUUCACGCAGGUUGGUCUUGCUGUGAAGUGUAGCACUGGCUGAGUCCUGCUCCAGCCACCUGUUGCCUUCAUUCCCACAGGGUACCUCUGGGCCCCAUGGUUUGGUGCAAUCUUAUCUGGUGGUCUGCAGCACAGCCAUCGUCCUGUAAAAUGUCUUUAAAAAACCCUUCCCCAACCUGGUGCCUUUGUGUCCCAGACAGUGUGACCAAUGAACAGGAUCUCUGGAAGUUGUAGACUUAAACGGCUAGGGACAGCAAUACCUCAAGCAGUGUCUCUCUCCAUAUGAGAUCAUCUUCUGAGGCCCAUGUUCUUCUUCCAUUAGAGGUCCGGAGGGUGGCAACACAAGAAUGGCCCUUUUCUGCAGUGGCUUCCUGUUUGUGGAAUGCUCUCCCUAGGGAGGGUCGGCUGGCACCUUCAUUACACAGUCGUACCUCGGAAGUUGAACGGAAUCCGUUCCGGAAGUCCGUUUGACUUCCAAAACGUUCGGAAACCAAAGUGCGGCUUCUGAUUGGCUGCAGGAAGCCACGGAAGCCCCGUCGGAUGUUCAGCUUCCAAAAAUAGUUUGCAAACCGGAACACUCACUUCCGGGUUUUGUGGUGUUCGGGAGCCAAAACGUUCAAGAACUAAGCUGCUCGAAAACCAAGGUAUGACUCUAUAUGCCUUUAGGUGCUUGGUGAAAACAUACCUCUUUAAACACACCUUUGGCUGAUUGACAUCCAAUGCCCUUUUAAAAUAUGUUGUGGGAGGGGAGACUUUUUGGUUUGUUUCUGUUCUUAUUUUUAUUAUGUAUUCUGUGUUUUUUAUGUUGUUCUUUUAUAUUGUGAACCACCCUGAAAUCUAUGAAUGUAGGGCGGCAUACAGAUUCAAUAACAACAACAACAUCUGGAUGGCAUGUGGUUGGGGGAAGUCUGCUCUAAAAUAAAGCUAACAAAAGUGGCCAGAAAGUGACAGGGUGACAUGGGGGAGGGUCAAGAAAUGGGCAGGAACCCUGACUAGCCCCCUGCCUCAAACCUGGCAGCAAUACUGGGGACCACCGCACAAAGUAGCAAGCAAGCAAUGUUUUGAAUGUCUGGGCUAUGGUGAGGGAGUUCAGGCCUUCCUAACCCUUUCCUUUAGACCAUGUCAAUUUCACAAGCUUACCACAACCAUUUCAGAAGCCCUGUGCAUCCUUCAAGACUCCUGGAAUAGGCAUCCUUCAAAGAUACAUUCGUGAAGUUUAAUCCGGGAAAAUUUAAGGGGCCCUUGUUAAAUCUGCAAGGGCUAGGUUUCUGCAAUAAAAAGAAGGAAACAUUCAAGACUAUUAAGAGGAGAAAAUGCUGAUGCUCCUUCAAUAAUGGAACGAUUCCCGAGGAUAUGGCCAGUAGCUUUUAUGUCCAAGUUGAUGCAUUUUAUUAGAGGGCAUGAAGAUAGACAGCAAAGUAGCAUGGUUGUUAAAAACUGUUCACUAGGAUGAUAAAUAAUUUGAUGGCGUUGACCCAUAUGCUAGGUUUUAAAAACUGUAAUGCACUUUAAAAUUAUUAUUAGAAAUGCACUGUGCAUGCAUACACAGCAUUGUUAUGGGGUAGCUGUGCUGUCUUGCUACUCAAAGAUUUCCUUUACCUCAGUUAGGGCCAAGGAUCCGGCCAUGCGGCAAGGAGAUGAUAAAAAUGUCUGCACCACUUGUGGCUUGGCAGAUGGCUUCUGAACUGGGUCACUCUCGCCACCUGUCUAGACUGUGUCACUGGCAGAGUUGGCCUGGUUUAUAGCCAAUUCAUUAAUUACAUGGUGAUCCUUCUCCCCCCCUCCCAAGGAGCUCAAGGUGAUAUACAUAGCUGUCUCCCUGUCAUCUCACUUUAUCCUCACAGCAAACCAGUCAGGUAGCUUAGGCUGAAAGAUGGUUCCUGGUUUCAACCAGAGCCACCCAGUGAGCUUCAUGGCUGGAAAGGAAUUGAACGUGGGCUUCCCUUCUCCUAGACCAACCUUGUUCAGACCAGUGCCAGCCUUCGUCAACAUGGCCAGUGGCUGAUGGGAUAUGUAGUCUAACAACAACUGGAGGGUGGGGUAAAAUAAAUGAAUGAAUAACUGUUGUUGUUUAGUUGUUUAGUCGUGUCCGACUCUUUGUGACCCCAUGGACCAGAGCACGCCAGGCACUCCUGUCUUCCACUGCCUCCCACAGUUUGGUCAAACUCAUGCUGGUAGCUUCGAGAACACUAUCCAACCAUCUCGUCCUCUGUCGUCCCCUUCUCCUUGUGCCCUCCAUCUUUCCCAACAUCAGGGUCUUUUCCAGGGAGUCUUCUCUUCUCAUGAGGUGGCCAAAGUAUUGGAGCCUCAGCUUCAGGAUCUGUCCUUCCAGUGAGCACUCAGGGCUGAUUUCCUUAAGAAUCGAUAAGUUUGAUCUUCUUGCAGUCCAUGGGAUUCUCAAGAGUCUCCUCCAGUACCAUAAUUCAAAAGCAUAAAUUCUCUGGCGAUCAGCCUUCUUUAUGGUCCAGCUCUCACGUCCAUACAUCACUACUGGGAAAACCAUAUGGGAAAUGAAUGACUGGAGGGUUGGCACCUGUUGCUCCACCCAUUUCUGUCUCUAGCACCACACACCACCGGCUUGCGGCCUCUGGGUGAUUGCCCAUGAGUUAAUGCGGCCCUCAACCUGAGAAAGUUUCCCCAUUCCUGCUCUGCACCAUUCUGGCUCUCAGAUCAAUGCUAACUUAAUAGAUAGGGAUGUUGGACCAACCCGUCUGUUGUUUUUAUCAAGGCUUUGCUCUCAUUUUGCCUGAGUGGCUGGUUCAUUUAAAAGCAAAUUCGGUUCUCGGGAGAGGUGAUUCUGCCAUUCCCCAUUCUUACUCUUUCUUUGCUCCAGGUAUAAUAGCAUUUGUGUUGUGUCUCUUCAUCUUUGCUGCAGACUUAACUUAGGGAGCACCUCGGCCAGGAAGCGGGGAUUAUGAACGCAUGUCUGUAUUGGAUAACUACCCUAUUACACAGCUGGUUUGUGUUCUUCAAAUGAAGAUGUUAACUCUUAACACUUAUUUUCUUCAGGUGAAGCCUUCAAGCCGCUUCAGACACUGUUCUCCGUCCCCUCAGAAGGAAAGGCAUUUACAUUUAAUCUUGCCAAUGCCCUCUACCUUCAAGAAGGAUUCAUGGUGAAAGAACAGUAUCUCCAUAGCAACAAGGAAUUCUUUCAGACAGCUGUAAAGCUGGUGAAUUUCCAAGAUACAAAAGCUUCCGCAGAGGCCAUAAGCACUUGGGUAGAAAACAAAACAGAUGGUAAAAAAAAUCUCCCUGCCCCUUUCUUGCAUGGGUUUGCUUCCCAGUGCAUGCUGGUUAGGCCUCAUUGCUUUUUUCAAAGGGCAGAGCUCAUGGGAACAACCAUUAGGUGGAUUGAGGCAAAUGCCUCAGGUGGCAAAAAGUGGGUGGCCGCAGCAGCGCCCCUAGACAUUGAGCCCCUGUCUAUUCCCCUCUUUUGUCACACAUACCCUAAGCUAGCUUGCUCUCCUCAGCUGUAAUGGAGGUGGAGGACGCUAUCCCCAUAGGCAGUGCUGAAGGAAGGUGCAACUGGGGGAGGUGCCAUUUUGUUGUUUGCCUCAGGCGGAAAAAUGCCUUGGGCUAGCCCUGGAGUUAAAGGCACAUUCACAUGAAUAAAAGAGGAAAAAAUAUUGGGAAAUUCUGUGCACACAGUGCAAUUUAAGACUGUUCAAAUUAUCCUCCUUUAAAAAGAUAUUUUAGCUCCAAAAUUCAGCCCAGCUUUGUAUGCUCAUUUCACUAAUGUAAUCUGACAUUUUGCGUAUAAGCCAUAAUAGUAACCAAGGAGACCUAAUAAGUACCACACUUAUGAUCCCUAAACUUCAGGUUUGUUCUAUGCAUUGUGCCUUUAAAUUUAUGUUUUAUAUGUAUAGAUGGAAUUAUUUUUGUGUCACGGUGUACCAAUUAAAUGCAUAAUUUCUUUAUGAAAAGAUAUUUUAGUUCCAUCUGAAUGCUAUAAAGCUAAAAAUAUGGGAAUUGUCCUCUUAGGAAAUUUUGCUAGUCUUAAGGAAGUUCCUUUAAAUUCUUACAAAAGCCCCUACUGAUGUAUUACCAAGCAACACCCACCAAACUGGUCUUAAAUUUCAUUUCAACUCCCCCCAAAAUAUAUUUUUCCAAAUAUAUUAAUUUUGAUUACACCAGCAAACAAGCAUAAUACAUAAAUAAAGCCUAUCAAAAGUGAUAUUAAAAUGGACAGAGGUAAGAGCUGUUUGACAGUGGAGCAGACUCCAAUGAGAGGUGGUGGACUUUCCUUCCUUGGAUGGAUGGCCAUCUGUCAUGUAUAAUCUAGCUUAGAUCCCUGCAUUGCAGAGGGUUGGACUAGAUGACCCUUGGGUCCCAACUCUACAGUUCUGAGAUUCUAUGCUAUUGUUCUUAUUUUAUCUUAAUUUGCAUCCUGGCCAAUUAGAGAAACAGCUAGACACAACUGACAGUCUCUUUCUGCGCAGGUAAAAUCAGGAACCUCGUGGCAAGUAGAGACCUUGGUCCCUUGACUAGACUUUUGCUGGUGAAUGCCCUUUUCUUCAAAGGGGACUGGAAGCAGAUGUUCAAAGCAGAGGACACCAGUUUGAUGCCUUUCACUAAAAGUGACGGUUCCGUGACUGAGAUACCGAUGAUGCACCUUCAGCUCACGGCAAAGCUUGGUAAUUCAGACAUCCCACUUGGUUUCACAUGCAUAUACAGUGGUACCUCGGGUUACAGAUGCUUCAGGUUACAGACACUUCAGGUGACAGACUCCGCUAACCCAGAAAUAGUACCUCGGGUUAAGAACUUCAGGAUGAGAACAGAAAUGGAGCAGCAGCAGCGGGAGGCCCCAUUAGCUAAAGUGGUGCUUCAGGUUAAGAACAGUUUCAGGUUAAGAACGGACCUCCGGAACGAAUUAAGUUCUUAACCCGAGGUACCAUUGUAUAUGAGUUUGUAUGAAUGGAUGUGUAGAUCAGUCCAUUUCUGCUCCGGGUCGAUUUCUCAUGUGUUUAUUCCUAAGUCUGUUCCAUAUCAUUUCCUCACCAUGGUGUGAUUCUUAAAACAAACAACCGAUCUGUACAAAAAUAAUAUCUAAACUCCUACUUAACUAUGUAUUUUAGCACAAAAUAUGUAUUCAAUAUCAUUUUACCCUAAAAUAGACAUUUUAUAAAUGCAUUCUGGUACGCUUUUGGAGACAAGAAUUGCAUCACAAAAUUUUAGAGAAGUGCAAAAUCUGAAGGUUAAUUAUAUUCCAGUCUGUUUAUCAGAUCAGCCAAUUACCGUAUUUGUCUGUCUAUAAGAUGCCCAAAUUUGGGGACUCAAAUUUAAGAAAAUUGGGGGAGAUGGCACAGAGUUGUGAGCUUUUUUUGGGGGGGGGGAGGAUUACCCAGGGUUGUUUAGCUUUUUUUAGAGGGGAUUGCUGAAAAUCGCUCACCCGCACACAUUGCGAAAUCCACCUCCUGUCUGUCCCAUUGCCAACAGAAGCUGUCAAUCGCCCGCCCGCCCAUUGACACAGCAACCAAUAACACACACAAUAGCCACAGACAGCCAUGUCAGCAACCAAUCAAACAGCCACCCUAUGCACUACCCAUGUAUAAGACGACCCCCACUUUUUAGCAUGAUUUUUAAAGAAAAAACAGUCUUAUACAAGGAAAAGUACAGUAGCUUCUGUUGAACUCAGAGCCUACUCGCAUCAGGACCACGAGUUCCUGUGUGCUUAUCUACCUGUUGCCCAAAGCUACCAUUAUUACAGUCACUCAGGGCUUUUUUCCCCCCAGGGGGAACUUGCAGGAACUUUGUUCCAGCAUCCCUCAGGUGGGCGCCAUUGCCAUUCUAAGAGAAUGAGGGAGGUGUUCAUGGUGAGUUCAUGGUGAGCUCUUUCUCUCUCUCUCUCUUUUAGAAAAAUAGCACUGCAGUUAAUUAUUGAAUAUUUCCUGUGACAAGUAUCACAUUCUAUCCUGUGCCAUUUUAAAACUUCCUUUCUUUGUUUCUUUUCUAAUUGUUAAUGUCGUUUCUUUUAAUCUUCUGGUGGCAGUGCACUGCAUACUGUGAACCACAGCACAGAAGUGUUGGUAUGACAGUGCCGUUUUAAAUGUGUGGUGUUUCGGAGGCGAUUUCCCCCCACGAAAUGCAGACGCUUUCAAAGAGAAGUGGCAAAGCAGAUCAAUGGACGCUUUCCUCAAAAUUGCGAAGUAGCAAUAGUGACAUUCCAAUUAAAUCAUGCGCAUGUACAAGACAAAUAAUUUCCACAUCUCAAGAUCUCUGCUUGUUAUUUCUGUCUCUUUCUCUGAAUCUAACCUGAUGUGCUAAAUUAAUCAUGGACGGAGCAUGUCAAACUCUUUCCCUUCCAAAAUGAAGGACUCAUGUAUGCAUUUCAGUUUAUUAGUGAGUUUGAUCCUGCCUUAUAAGGCAGCAGGGGGCCUUGAACCAGGGACUCUGGCAACUGGGUGCUUUAACUCGCUGCACCACUGUGGUAGCUUAUCAGGAGAAGCACCUGCCUCCACGCCAUUACUGCAGAUGGCCAAAGGCAGUUAUCAGUUCAGCUGUGGUCAAGUGACUCAAGAAACCAAUAACUUUCCACUUGGUCUUAUAAAGCUGUUGACUGUUCUCAGUGGCGGAGGAAGGGGUGUGUGGUGGGGGCGGACCGCCCUGGGUGUUAUCCCUGAGGGGGGGUUGACGUUCGGCUUGUGGUAGGUUUGGGAGUCAUGGGCGUGUGUGGCACUGUUGCCCCGUGCUCCUGGCUAGAGGAGGCAGGCAGGGGGCAGGAUGGGAAGGAGGCAAGCAAGCAAACAACAGAGGGGGGUGGGAAGGAAGCAGGAUCGGUGGGUGUGCCUUUCAUUCUGCCUGGAAGAUGAGCGCCUACAGCUCCGGCUGCAGAGCGCGCAUGCCACUCCAUGCACCUGAGUGGCUAUCCAGUGCCUGGGAGGGUGCCCUCCGCCCCCUCGGGAGUGCUCCCCUCUCCCCUCAGGAGCACACACACCCUGGGCAGCGCGGGCAUAUGCUCCACCACUGACUGUUCUGCCUCCUCACUCUCAAAAAAUUGAUACUCAGAAGUGCUCUGGCUACCUCACUUUACAGAGAUGUCUAAAAUACAUGCAGAAUUGGAACCUGAUGGCUUGGCAGAGCAUCACUUACAUAAUUUAAGAUGCAACACAGAGAAAGGUGUGAACACUAGUGUUGCAUAUGCAAAAUUCACCCUGUGUUAAAGAAUGCAGAGUCAGUGCAGUGACCUAUUGUCUUGUCUUCAUGCCAUGGUGGAAGGUGGACAGAUGAGACCUGAUGCCAGCCAGGGGACCCCAGGCUGGCUCAGCCCUAUCCCCUCCUUGGGGGAAAGGAUGAAGCUCAAUGGUAGAGCAUCUGCUUUAUAUGAAAAUAGCCCCAGGUUCAAUUGCUGGCAUCUCCAGGUAGGGUUGGGACAGACUCCUGUGUGAAACCAUGAAGAGCCAUUGCUGAUCUGUGUAGACAAUACUGAGCUAGAUGGACCAACAGUCUAACUCAGUAUAGGCUAUGGUUACCAGGCGUCCCCACUUCCCGGGGACAGUCCCCGGAUUUACACAUCUGUCUCUGGACAACAGCCGUCCCCGGAAUGUCCCUGGAUUUCAUUUAAUAUCCCUGGAUUUAUAUUUUAAGUGUUGUAGAUUUAUUAGUAGGGAAUGAAUGUUGCACGAUUGGUUCAACAGCAAAAGACACAUCAUAUGGGGACUUCCAGUGAGGCAAAAUGCGUUACCAGGAAGGAGAAGAAGGGCACUGGAGGCCAGCCAAGAGCGGAGCAGCUUCCCCACGGAGCCAGUGGUGGAGCUAUCCGCUUGGGCACCUGAAACAGCUCACAUGUCGUGCACCCGGGGGUGGGGUGUGCCAGCCAGGGGGGCAAUCGGCAUGGCGAUCGGCACCCAUUGGGGGGCAAUCGGCACUCAGCGGGGCAAUGGAUGCAGUGGUUGGCGCCUAUUGGGGUGAUUGGAGUGGCAGUCAGCAUCCAGGGGGGUGAUUGGUGCAGAGAUUGGUGCGGUGAUUGGUGCCCGGGGAGGGGUGCCGCAGCGAUCCGCCCAGUGGGGGCUUUUAUUACUCCCCUUAGAGAUGACACCAGGGGUGGACCACCUCCCCGCCCCCUUCCUAUGCUCCUGGCAACACCUGCAGGCCUUCUGCCUGUGUAUUUGACAGCCAACUGGAGGCUGGCUCAGCUGGCAGAGAUGAGUGGAGGGAUGCCUCCACUCAACCCAAACCAGCCAUAGUCUUUUGUAAGGGAGGAUUGGAUUGCUCUGUAAAUCUUCACCAUGGUCUAAUGAAUAGUCUGAAGCCUCUGGGAUCCUCUUUCAUUUGCUCUUGGUUUGCCACCUCUCUCCUAUUACAGUUCAGUAAUUAAGACUUUUGCACAUUUUCUAUUCUUUGUUUUAGGUCAUUUCUCUGACCAUAAUGUGAGCUACCAAGUCUUGGAGCUGCCGUACAAAGGAGAGGAAUUCAGUUUCGUGCUGAUCCUCCCAGCAGAAGAUGUGCCUAUAGAAGAGGUCGAGAAACUCAUUACAGCCCAGCUGAUGAAAAUCUGGUUUGCUGAGAUGAAAGAGGACGAGGACGUAGAAAUCAGCCUUCCCAGGUAUGUAAUGACCUCUGUGACGAUCUGGUCUUCCUCGUUAUCCCUUUUGGUCUUAAAUCCUUCUUGUGGAAGAGUUUGUGGAAUUAAGAAACUGAAAAGGGCAAACUGAUUUACUGACCUGGGAGCUUUGCAGUUAUUUAAGCUAAUGGCAGUUUGUGUUUACUAAUUUCUCUAGCGAAUUUAAAUGAAAUUAGGGCGUAUUAAGAGCUGACAGGUACAAAAUGUCUAUUCCUCCAAGAAGCACAAUGAAGCUGGUAAUGGUUCCAUGUGCUUUUACUGCCUUGAUCCAGAGAUGGCACCCCAAAUAUAGAUGGCUUCCAAUUCCCAUCAACAGCCAAUGGUCAGGGAUUAUAGGAUGUAUAGUCCAACGACAUCUAGAGGGCCAAAGGUUCCCAUCCCUGCUUUAAUCCCUUUUUUCUUGUACUUACUGUCCCAACUGUGUUUGUUUUUAAAUGUUAGCAUGUGUUGCUAGUGUCUUGGUGGACUGCAUGGUUGGCUAAGUCCUUCAAGUCCUGUAUAGCUCAUAAUAAACUGGAGGAGGGCUUGGUUGUAUGUCAGGAAACCUGAACAGAAACACUCAGAUUAAGGGCUGAGAAUAGGCUGCAAGACCUGCUGAUUCCAUAAUACGUGCAACCUGAAGUUUAAAAUAGCCUGGUGCAAAAUAAAUGAACCAGUAGGUGGGAAAGAGUCUUCAGCAAUGUGUAAAAAUUGAGGGCCCAGGGAGCUCAGAUAGUGAUCGUUUCUGGAGUGCUGAACAGAAACAUGAGCACCCUUGUAUUUUCACCUGCAAAGAGUUGUGGGUGGGUGAAGGGAAAAGGAUAAUCUGGGAAAGCAGAACAAAUGAAGUAGUGCCUGUUAAUAGAGCCAAUUCAUCUUUAAAAUAUGGGUAAAGAGGAACCAAGGGCAUGCUAGUAAAAGAUACAAACUUAGAUCCAAUCCAUAAUUUAAGCAGGAAAACCAAGUAAAAUAAUUACUACAAUUAUUAUACUCCAACCACUCUUAUUACAAUCAGGAUGAUUUAUUACUGUAUAUCCCUCAUAAUACAUCCAAUGAAACUGUCAAAAUGCGCCUGUCAUAGCCUUCAUAUAAUAUCUAUAAAGAAAAAUUCAAAAUCUAUCCAGUGUAGUAAAUCUUCUGCCAUCACAUCUCCACUUGCACGGGAGUAAACCCAAUUGGCCUUAAUGGAAUUACUCCUGCGUAGGCACAUAUAGUGUUGCAUUGUCACACUGCCAGAGCCAAACCUCAUUAAAAUGCCAUAAAAGGCUUCUUAGAUAUAUAUUUAUAUUUCCCCCACAAAUUAAAAUGCUUCUCCUUAUCUCUCAUCUUGCAAAGCAUGUAUAGGCUCAUCAAGGACAUUGUCUGUCUGAGCCUUUGCAGAGAUAAAUGCAGACUCCUUACUUACCAUUGUACAGUGGUACCUCUAGCUGUGUUCCGCUCUUGUUACGGACUUUCAGAUUACGAACGCGGCAAACACGGAAGUGUUUACUUCUGGGUUCGCCCCGCGCGCAUGCGCAGAAGCAAUCGGCGUGCUUCAUGCAUGCACAGAAGCAUUCGAUCAUGCCACACACAUGCUCUUGUUGCGGAUUUUUCGGGGUGCAAACAGCACCCCGAAAUGGAUUGUCCACAACUAGAGGUACCACUGUAUCUGCAACAACACCCUCCUCACCAAAGAGACCUUGGAUCCAACUUACAACAGAAGCAGUAAAACACCCUCCCCUCCAAUAGGGAUCAAUAUUUGGGAAGUUUUUAAGAUCCCUUCCCAUCAAUUGGUUUUGGAGAGGGCUAAGGCUCCAUGCCUCUUCCUCUAUCACCAACUUCAAAACCCCAUUGCCAUAUAUGCUCCUCACAGGUAGGAUUGGCAAAGGGAGGCCAGAUGGAACUGCUUCGAAGGGAGGGAUAUUCCAGGGCCCACCAUAUUCUGACUCUCCAGCUUGAAUGAAACUGAGACAUAAAGAAAGAAAAUUAUCCGUGGUGGACCAAGGAUACCUUAAUGCUUUUUUGCACAGCCCAAUUCCAUACCUUUGUAGAGGUUGUUCCAUUAGGGUGAAUGUGUCCCAUCACCUUUAGUAUUUCCUCAGCAGGUCCCCGCCAUCUUUCUUAUGUCCAGAUCAGGGGGCAGCAAUGUCUGUCAGCUUCCUCCUCCUUAAUUUCUGUGUUGCCCAUGUAGAACUCAGCUGGGAGGUGGGCUGGGUCAAAAUUAGAAUUAGUUGGCUCUGCCUCUCAUUGACUUGGGCUCCAGCUAUUACUGGUGUCUCUGCCUUGCACCUAGCUGGUUCUAACAGGAAUCAGCCAACACUGAUUCUAUAUGUUCACUUCCUACAGGUUUAAAAUAGAGCAAGUGGUGGACUUGAAAGAGAUUAUCCAGCCUCUCAACGUUACUGAGAUUUUUAAUAAUGGCUGUGACCUUUCUGGAAUAACAGGUGCUUUGAUUUAUUAUGCUGAUGGUUGCUGCUGCGAACAUUUUAUCUGUGUUUUCGGUCCUUAUUGUCUGCUGUAAUCAUGUACUUUUAACAAAGUGUGUUUCAGUGUUUCGUUCAAGGACAAAGGAACACCCUGUUUUUUAAACAUAUAGGGUUUUUAAAACUAUAUAAAAAGAGUGAGGGGUUAUUAUUCUGUGACAGAAUCCUUGCUUAUCUCACCCCAGAUUUCAAGCAAAGGCAUGAAAAGGAACAAUGUUCAGAACAGAAUUGCCACGCUGUUUUUUUGCCUCAGAGGGAAGCACAUGUGAAAUGUGGUCUUUCCUUAGGUGAAACAGCUAAGCAAUUUUGAAGUUUGUUAAAAGUUUUGUUGCAAAUGUUCAUGUCCCUCUUUUUUAAGAAAACAACAACAACACACAAAUCACUUAAAGUAAAAUUCAAGGCCAAUGAGGAAGUUGCUUCUCAGGAGAAGGCAUGUUCAAGGAAUAAAGUGUUAGCAGAGGCAGCCAUGAAACUGUUGCUAAUCUCUUGGGGCUGAACUAGAUGGCGGGACACAAAAUAUGUCAAUUGCUGCUGUGUUGUUUUAAAAAAAUUAAUGUCAGCUUAUCUCUCCACCCCACAUCAGCCCACCCGUUUAUUGGGACCAUGCAGACAUUGAAAAUGCUCUCCUUACCCACUGUGUACCUGACAAAAAUCCACACACACAUGCCUGCCUUUAGUCUCUGAGGGGAAUUUCCUAAUAGCACCAGAGACUGCCAUUAGUCUCUGAGAGAAAUGUCUGGAGUCUAAUAGCAGCUGUGGUAGCAGUGCCUGGAUUUUUGUUGGCUACAGUAUAGCAGUGGAAGAUGUCGGGAACUGCUCACCACUGUCCCACGUGGGAAAGUGAGUAACUGCAGAAUACACACCUCGAGGGAGCGCUUCUCUUGGCACCUUGCAAGGUUGACUGGACUACUAGUCAUGAAGGCUGCAUGCUACCUCCAGGAACUGAGGUUCUGAAUAUCGGUAACUGGGUAACAAUAGCAGGAGACAAGUUGUGAUCACUCUUUCGGCAUCUGGUUGGCUGUGUUGCAGACCGGAUGGCUGCAUAAGACUCGUCUUUUGCUCUGAACAAUCCCAUGUGAUUUCCCCCCUUCUCUAUAGGCAGGAUUGAGUUUAAUAACGACACAUGCAUCAUAUGUGAACUCUUUAUCAUUCAUGUCCCCUCUCAGAUUCUGCUGAUGUCCACAUUUCUAAAGCCAUUCAAAAAGUCUGUUUUGAGGUGCAUGAAGAUGGGAGUGAAGCAGCAGCAUCUGCCGGUAAUGACAUGACAGAGAUCUUAUUUGGUUUAUCAGGACGAAUGUCUCAUGACCAGAUCUAGGCUACCAUAUUUGGAUGGGAUGGGCUGAUGUUAGGUGCCCAAAAGGCCGAAGGGUUGUACUUUUUAAACUGUGUAUGCACUUGUGGGCAAUAAUACUCGUGGGAAAUAAUUUGUUGUUGUUGUUGUUUAGUCGUGUCCGACUCUUCAUGACCCCAUGGACCAGAGCAUGCCAGGCACUUUUCUCUUCCACUGCCUCCCACAGUUUGGUCAAACUCAUGCUGGUAGCUUCGAGAACACUGUCCAACCAUCUCGUCCUCUGUCGUCCUCUUCUCCUUGUGCCCUCCAUCUUUCCCAACAUCAGGGUCUUUUCCAGGGAGUCUUCCCUUCUCAUGAGGUGGCCAAAAUAUUGGAGUGUCAGCUUCACGAUCUGUCCUUCCAGUGAGCACUCAGGGCUGAUUUCCUUAAGAAUGGAUAGGUUUGAUCUUCUUGCAGUCCAUGGGACUCUCAAGAGUCUCCUCCAGCACCAUAAUUCAAAAGCAUCAAUUCUUCGGCGAUCAGCCUUCUUUAUGGUCCAGCUCUCACUUCCAUACAUCACUACUGGGAAAACCAUAGCUUUAAUGGCACGUGCUAAAUGUUUGCUGGUUGGCACAAAACGUCCAGCCUAUGGAAGGAAGCUGCAUGUCAGGGUAAGGACAGGGGAGCCCUGGGAGAUGAAGAGACAAAUGCUCUACAGCAGACAUGGCAAACCUUUCCUCCUCCUGACAUUUCUAGACUACAAGCACAAUCAUCCAUACACAUUAGCCCUGGUGGCUGGGGUGAAUGGGAACUGGAGGAUGAGCUGCAUAUGAACAAGCAUAGGUUGCUAUUAAUUAAUUCAAUUUAUAUACUACGCUUCAUCCAGGGAUCACAGGGUGAUUUUCAAUAUAAAACACACACGAAUAUAUAACAUAGUUACUACAAGCAAACAACAACAACACACCACCCACCCCUGCAGUUUAAAAGGCCAUAUUUUGACAAAUUAAACAAAGGCCUGGGAGAAGAUGAAUGUUUUUACCUGGCACCUAAAGAUAUGUAAUGAAGGUGCCUAGUGGGCCACCACAGAAAAGCCCCUUCCCCCAGCCCACGACUCCAAGCAAGUUUUAUGUGGCUCACUAAUGUGCAGCUGAAGAAGAAGGUCCUUUAGAGACUGGAGAUACAUUAUACAAACACCAGUUCAGGUCUGGAGCUUGUUGGAGUUUGCUGGGCUUCACUGGGGCAAGAAAACAAAGGAUGCAGUAGAGGGCAUGGUCCUAAUUUGAGAGGAGAUGUUGAACUGUUGUUAUUCUGUUAGCCUUCUGGUUUUCCUUUGGUUAACUUAUAAUUUAGGCAGAACGCAUUUGCCCCCAAAGCACGAGGGUCUAAAAGUCAAGACCCAGAGGAGCCAUUUGUUAGUGGCAUCAAUAAUUAAUGACUUUGUAGCCUUCCAGACACAUCGGAAUAUAUUUAGUGCUUCUCAGCAGUCUAGAGCGAUGCAAAAGAUGCCGCCUGAAUUUCUAUGAUCUGAAGGCUGCAGUCCUAGAACUCACACUCAUUUGGGAGUCAGCCAUGUGGCUCUGUCUUCCAAGGUUCUUCCUGUUCAAGGGCUGAAUUCGCUGGAAGUUAUUCUGUAGACAUCUCUCAGGAAUGCAAUGGCCAGUGGAGAAAAGUCUAAUGUGAAGUUCAUUGUUGUUCAGUGGGCAAGUACUUUAAAUGAAUAUGCAUCAGACUAUGGCUGGGCUGAUGCUUAUAUGCCUAUGGGAGAGAAAAGUUGCUGUAUUCUUUUGAGCUCAUGCAUAUGCAUCCUAAAGGGCCGUUCCUACGAUCUCCCCUUAGCAAUGCAUUUUUCCAGUGAAGCGAUGUUUGUAAAAAUUCACAGGGUAAAGGCAUAUAUUAGUGAAAGCACCAUACAAACAUUGAUGUCAGGAGAAAUUGCUUUGCAAAAUAUGUAUCUUAGGCAAAAUUGCAUACAACUGUGUGUAUAAAGAGAAAUGCACACUAAAAUGUGGGUGGAUUUUCAUGAGGACUUAAAAAAAAAUCAUAAACUGUGUGCAAAUUUGGAGAACUGUACUUAAGACUGGAAAACUGAAGAACUGAGAGAAACCAAAGCUGACAGAUAUCCCUAUCCCUAAUGACAUUUAUAUUCCACCUUUCCCCAAAGGAGCUCAAGAUGGUGAUGUAUACGAUUUUCUCCCUCUCCAUCUGAUCCUUGCAACAACCCCUUUCUGUUUAGGGUUUAUGCACACUUUCUUUUGGUCCCAUGGCUUUCUCCUGGGGAAAACUGCUCUUUAGCACCCAAUCGGAACAAACAGUAGUUCUGUUUUUUUCUGGAUUGAUGUUUGCUCCAAUUUAGCACUAAGGAGUGAGUUUUCUGCGGGAAAAGAGCAGGGCAUGGGGGAAACUGCUCAGACCCAUGCCUAGAAAGCGGAAGCAAAACAAAACUUGAGCAUGUGCUAUCUAGGCAUGAGACAAGAAGAAGUGAGCCCUUGGUUUCACAGGUUAGGCUGAGAGAUGAGGACUGACCCAAGGUCAUCUAGUGAACUUCAUUGCUGAGUGGCAGUUUGAACCCUGGUAUUCCGGGUCAUAUGGCAGACUGGCUUACAUGAUCUGGACCUCUUCUGCAAGGCCAAUUUUUCUCACAGUUAGAAGAAGUAUGGAUCGAAGGCUUGAAUGCCUGUGGUGCUCAGGAAACCCUGGACAGGAGUGUGGCCGCUUUGCUGACUGUUUUGUAUGGCAUAUUUGUAUGCAAGUGGUACAGUAUAUAACGUCACUUUGCAAAUGAUUACCUUCACUUAGCAAAGGUGUUAAUAAGAAUCUGAACAAAAGCUGAUAUUUAGUUUAAUGGCAUAGUUCCCUACUAUCAUAGUGCCUUCUGCUAAAAAGUAAAAGAAAAGAGGGAAAAGGCAAAUGUAUUUUAAGAUUUAAACCACUCUUCUAAAGCACAUUUUGCAGUUUAUGUUGCCCAUUUUAAACUUUCAGUUUGACAAAUGCCUGCAGGGAAGGUAAUAACUAUAGUUAAAAGUGAAUAUAGUCACAAAUAUGUCCUUCAAAUGAGUUUCAAAAUGGAGAGCCGUAUCUUGAGAUUUCAACUUCUUCAACUCAAUGCAUCUCUAGCAGGUUAUUAUCCUUGAUAGCUUUUGAGAAAUCCCUAAAGAAAAUGCCAUAUUAUAAAACAACGGUGUGGUGUAUAAGAAUUUCCCAGUAAUGGCUCAAUUGCCUUUUGAUGAUUUGUAACUAUAAAGUGGCAGAGAGGGUGGGGGAGAAUGUUGUAACUCAUUUUCCACUUGCAAAGAUUUUGCUCAGAACGGUAGGUGAUCCGAAAAGUGAAAAGCAUUUAACAGGAUUUAACAAUUGCUUCUCUUCUUCUGAGUCAUAUUUUGGAGGCUUAACUGAUGGCACAUGGUGGUUUGAUCUCUUACAGGAAAUCUUAUUUUUUUUUACUAAAAAGGUAUAAGGAAUAUUGUUAAUCCGUGACACAUUCAGCUAUGUUAAUACAUAGGCAUCAGUGUCCCCUUGGCCAUGAAACUGAUAUACAGUUCAUGAUGGCUGAACGAAGUAGGUUAUAAAAUAUUAUGCUUUUUCUACUGGAAUAUCCCAUCGGUUGACAGGACAGGAGGGAGCUUUGCAGAUGAUUUAGCUAAGCAAAUUCUAUAGGCUGUAGCUCAGGGACAGAGCAACUGCUUUGCAUUCAGAAGGUCCCAUGUUUGAUCUCCAACACCCCCAGGUAGGGAGUGGCAAUACAUUCAUUUGUCCACCCCAUGCCUGGAAGGGAAAGCAAUCUAGUGUAUGUGAUUGGUAUUUGAAAUUUGUGUCUCUUUCAUAGUAAAAGUAAAGGGACCCCUGACCAUUAGGUUCAGUCGUGACCGACUCUGGGGUUGCGGCGCUCAUCUCACUUUACUGGCCGAGGGAGCCGGGUCAUGUAGCCAGCAUGACUAAGCCGCUUCUGGCGAACCAGAGCAGCGCACGGAAACGCCGUUUACCUUUCCGCCGGAGUGGUACCUAUUUAUCUACUUGCACUUGACAUGCUUUCGAACUGCUAGGUUGGCAGGAGCAGGGACUGAGCAAGGGGAGCUCACCCCAUCGCGGGGAUUCGAACCGCUGACCUUCUGAUCGGCAAGUCCUAGGCUUUGUGGUUUAAUCCACAGCGCCACCCGCGUCUCGUCUCUUUCAUAGGAUCAUAGAAUUGUAGAGUUGGAAGGAACUGUGAGGGUCAUCUGGUCCGCCCCCUGCAAUACAGGAAUCUUUUGCCCAACAUGGGGCUUGAACCCACAACCUUAAGAGUCUCAUGCUGUCCUGAGUGAGCUAAUUGAGUCAGCCCACAAACAAUAUGCAAUUGAUUAUGGUCCCCCCCCCCCAAUUUGCAUUGCAUUUCCUUUGCAUUUAAAUGAAUGGGGUGAAAUAACAUAAUGGCAAUGUAACUAUGUAAUUUUCACAUUUGACUUCUAUAAUUGAUUGCACAGUUGAUUAUGUGAAUCACAGUUUCUCAACAGUAAGGAAUAACAUAUUUUGGGUGGAAGACGAACAGCACUGGAACAGAAACAUUGUGGCAUGUGACAAAAAUAGCCGAACAGAAAACGAUGUCCUUUUACAUUUCUACCCUGGAGAGUCACAUUCAAACAUGUCAGAUAUGACAAUUGGAUGGUAUUAUGCAUUCAUUUAAGCAUUUUGGAAAACUGUUUCCCACACACAUUUGCUGUUUGCCUUUCAAGUACCUGCCACAUUCCUUUUUAUCCAUCACUCAGCAGCUGAUUCCACCCCACCCCCCAUGUUUUCAGUAGAGGGGCAGAAUAUGUUAGAAGUGCAGGCAUUCAGGAAUUAUGGCUGCGAUGAGCUAGUGUAAAGGAAUCCCAACCAGGUAUUGGCAUCUAUAUACAGCUGGUAGAACUCUCAUUCUUGAAAAGCGUCCUUUGUUUGACUGACCAAGCCAUAUUAAACCAGUCUUCCCCAACCUGCUGCCAUGUAGAUGUUGUUUGACUAUUGCUCUGCUUUCCAGUGGGGCUGAGAAGUGGGGUUUUGUCGUCUGGGCAGCCCAGGACCUCCAUACACACUGCCCAGGAUUGCACACUGGGGAGGUCACUUUGAUGGUUCUAAUGCAGCAGUUUGACUUCAUCCCUGGAGGCACACUCCAUCAGACAGACGGAUGGCAACAAUAUCUCUUCCCAUCAUCUUUGACCACUGGGCAUCCUAGCUAGGAAUGAUGGGAAAUGUAAUCCAACAUCAUUUGGAAACCCAGGGUUGAAAAAGGCUGCUUUAGGCUCUCUUUUCCUUUCCGGACUGCUCACGUUUUAUAAGAAAUGACGCAUGUUUCGGGAAUUAUCCUUAUCUAUAAAAUACAGAGCCCUAGCACCGCAAAAUUCUAUGGGACACAUAAAAAAUCAUAGCCCUCCCUAAAUUAUCACUUGGGUUUGUAAGUCCAUGACUUAAGCCCUAUAUUUCUCAUUUGUUCUCUGGUGUUUAAGGGCAAAAUCAUGACUCUCUCUAUUGAUUAGCUACAAAGCCUUGAUUUGCUCUUUGAUUCCAACGCUUCCCUUGUUCUUGUACGGGCCACGUCACUGCUUCUGAAAACAGCAACACAGCAGGUACCCACCCCUUCCUUCGUGCUCUCUUGCCUACAAGUCCAGGUCAUGCUCCCAGACUACUGCAGAGAUAUUUCUUCUCUCUGGCCUCUGCUUGCUGUGCCUCUCAUCUCUAACCAGAACACCACUGCCAUUCACUUUUCAUCGCCCUGAUAUGUGGCUCUUCAAAUCCCUACUUUGAUUCCUACUACUUUUAGCACAAAAUUCCACUGUAAGACUAGGGAUGGUUGAAACUGUCAAUUUGGAUUUCUUUUCAUUUUUCAAGUGUUCAGGUCUUCACAUUUCUGCAUGACUUUGCUUUUUUAUAUAAAAAAAUUCUCAUCCCUAUUUUAGUGUGAAUCUCUCCUAAUAUAAACAUUUUGUAUGCAAUUUUCUCAAACAGGCACUUUUUUUUUUACAAGUAGUUUCCCCUAAUACAAUGCAUAUUUGUAUUUUAUUUUCACUAAUAUGUGCAUGUUGAGAGCCGGUGUGGUGUAGUGGUUAAGAGCGGUGGACUCGUAAUCUGGUGAACCGGGUUCGCUUCCCCGCUCCUCCACAUGCAGCUGCUGGGCAACCUUGGACUAGUCACACUUCUCUGAAGUCUCUCAGCCUCACUCACCUCACAGAGUGUUUCUUGUGGGGGAGUAAGGGAAAGGAGAUUGUUACCGGCUUUGACUUCCGGAGUGGCGCCAUCGGCAAUGGCGGACUCCCUCUGAACUGGAGGGACUAGCUCCGCGUGAAACGGGUCUUCUCCGCUACGGCGAAGCGGGGACCCUUUUAAAAAUCACAGGCGGAUGAAGCCUGUGACCAUGGGACUCGGCGGGCACCUUUAGCGCCCCCCCAACUCGCAAAGGAACCCACUAACGGGCUCCAAAGUGAAGAGGGGGAAGUGGUGCGGUGCUGUGAGUCAACUGUUAUUUUCGUGGAGCGAAGCCGCAUAGCCGUUGCCGGAGAGCGCUGCCUUUUUCCUGGGACAAUUUGGAUUCUAAAAUAAGCACCCGUGAGUACUUAAACUUUGAACAACUGGACUUUAAAUAAGGACUUGCGAGCAGAAAGGAAUUGGACUUAAAAAUUUAUUUCAAUUUGGUACUGAAACGGGAAGGUCUAAACAGGAAGUCAGCCUUCCGUUCUUUUGUAGACAGAAUAAAGCAAAGACAACGUAAACUAGAGCUCAGAAAAUCGCCUCUAAAGGAUUGGAUUUCAUCAUUUAAAAUUGUGGAACCCCCCUUCGACAGCAGGAGAAGAAGGGGAUCUUUUCGGACUGUUUAAACCUGCAGAAGUGAGUUUAAAGUAAAGUAACUUUCCACCGUCCUGAUCCUGGAGCGGGGUGUCAGGACUGACGUUUGAAGCUCAUUGACCAGAGACAAACGUUUUUGACAGAUAGCUAAAAGAAGAGAAACAUAGUGAUUCCACUGUUUCCCUUCGCAGUUUAAAGGAACAAAUAUUGACAAAAUAUCUCAAAAAGGAAAACUUUGUUGCAAGAACAAAUAGAAGUUUUCCCCCUAGAGUGAGACUGUGAAACUGUAACCAAUUCCAGGGAGCCGGCAGCUGUUACAGAUUACAAUCAUGGGAAUAGACAUUUGACCUUGCAGGACAAUGUAUUCAGAAGCUCUGUUGCGUGCUUUCUAUAAAACAAAUGCCCUACUGGAACAGUUACAUGAGAAGAUGAAUUUGAUGGCGAAUUCGACUAGAAAUUUUGAACAGGCAGUGGGAAAUUUUGAACAGACAGUGGGAAAAUAUGUGGAGCCAACCCAGGAAUUAAAUCAGGAGUGUAUCCAGACAGAACAGGCCCAACAGGAAUAUGAGCUUUCGGAUUUGACAAAUGAACUUGGAAAAAGCCAGAUUUGGAAAGAAAAAGUUUGGUUUGGCUUGGAAAUGGGGGGCUGGAUUGACCCCCCUAUGCAGGGAUGUUUGGACUUUUCAAAUCUGGCAAUGGGCCGUGAGAUGUUUGGGAUUGUGGGGGCUCUUAAUUUUGGAGGGUUUUUGGAACAUGUUUUUAAAUACCACAUGGAAUUUAGUGUUGAAUAUGGAAAAGGGGCUGAUCUGUCGAGAAGGGUCAAAAAUAUUGCCAAGCUGGAGUUCCCACGAGCAGGAGACAAGGGAAAAUACAGUUACAAAUAUGAAGAAGAGCUGCGGAAGGGACAUGGAAGAGAUUUAAGGGUCUCGGAUAUAAGGUUGCCAGGUUAAUGCGCUAGAUCGAUGGGAUAAUAAGGACUGACAAAACCCGGGACCAGGAGGAAGGGACGCUGGAUGAAGAUUGGAUUUGUUUGUAUUUCUCUUUUUUACUAUUAGGACUGUUUUAUAAAAUUGAUGAAUGUUAGAAAAAUGUUGGAAUGAAAUUACUCGGCUUUAGUAAAAAUGUUUAAAGAAUUAUGAAAGAAUAUUAUGGUUAUGAGAAGUUGGUAAGGAUAAGAUUUAAGUUUUAAGUUUCAAGGUUUUUUUAUAGAAAGAUAAGAUUAAAAUAGUUUAAGGUAAUGUAAUGACAGAAUUUUAUGAAAUAUGGAAAGGAUUUGCUGGGAUAAUUAACAACUAGGAUACAAAGAAAGGGAGGAGGAGGAGGUCAAAGAAAGAAGGUAAUGACAGUUGAGGAUUUGAGAAUAAUGGAUUUGUUUUUAAAUGUUUUUAAAUGUUUGUGGUGUAUUUUUGUUUUUUUCUGUUUUUUUCCUUAUUUUGAAUUUGUAUUCGUAUUGUUGGAAGUGGUUUGCUUUUCUCUUUUUCUACUUUGUUUUCUUUUUGUGUAACUUUAAAAAAAAAAAUUUCCCCCAAUAAAUAUCAUUUAAAAAAAAAGAAAAAGAGAUUGUUAGCUGCUUUGAGACUCCUUAAGGGGAGCGAAAGGCAGGAUAUCAAGUCCAAACUCCUCUUCUUCUUUGUCUUGUGCCCAUUGCUUGACUGGAGUCUUUGCAUUACAAAAUUCAGAGAAGUGCAAAUUUCACAGGAUGGUUCAGUUUCAGAGUCGUCCCUGCCAAUAGAUGUGAAGUUGGCAGGGAAUUGAUGUGUGUGAGAGAAAGAGAGGGGAAGAAAAACACUUCUAGGUUGUGGCACCUGGUCCAUGGAGCAGAAUCCCAAGACUAUUCUACUUGGCUCCUUCUUUGCUUGCUUUAACGCAUACAGCAAGCCCACAACUUACACACAUUUAAUUUGUGGGCAUUCAGCUUUAUGUGCCUGGCAAAAACAUAAAAAUGAAUAAAAAAGGGGGGCAGGCAUCUGGGAAAAAAGACUCUGAUUUUGGCUUUAGGAGUGAUCCCUGGGACUUAACCCAUGUUUUAUGUCAGCAUGGAUUUGGUUAGUUAAGGACUUAUACUAUUGCUGUUCCUUGGUGCUGUGGUCUAAACCACUGAGCUUCUUGGGCUUGCCGAUCAGAAGGUCGGCGGUUUGAAUCCAUGCAAUGGGGUGAGCUCCCGUUGCUCUGUCCCAGCUCUUGCCAACCCAGCAGUUCGAAAGCAUGCCAGUGCAAGUAGACAAAUAGGUACAGCUGUGGUGGGAAGGUAAAGGGCAUUUCCGUGCGCUCUGGCUUCUGUCACAGUGUUCCAUUAUGCCAGAAGCAAUUUAGUCAUGCUGGCCACAUGACCCAGAAAGCUGACUGUGGACAAACGCCGGCUUCCUCAACCUGAAAGCAAGAUGAGCACCGCACCCCAUAGUCACCUUUGACUUUACUUAACCAUCCAAGGGUCCUUUAUCUUUUACCUAGUUCCUUGUUGGGAUUUAGGGCUACUAUUUCAGUGUUGCUAUACGUUACUGCUGUUAUUUUUGGAUUGUAUAUAUUUUAGGAUGCAAUCCUUUACCCACUGACAGAGUAAGCACAGCUGAACUCAAAGGGACUUAAUUCUGAGUAGCCAUGACAGAGCUAAUAAUUGAGGUUGUUACUGUAUCUUUUCAUUUGAAAAACACUUCCUUUUGUCUGAACCUUGUGCUUGUUUUUGCCUUUGUAAAAAAUAUAUUGCAGGCAUGCAUUUGACAGCAAUCAUGAGCCUGUCCCACAAGCAGGUUGUGGCAAACCGACCCUUCCUCUUUAUCCUGAGACAUAACUCGACAGGUAAAUGGAUAAGCAAUGUAUUUAUUGUUACAUUAGAUUAAAUGUAUUGUUGUUUAUUAAAGGGUUGGUUGGUAAGGGUUUGGAAGUUAAAGACCAUUGUCCUAAACCACUUCUCAGCAGGUGAAGACAUUAGCUUUUUCCAGACCUUCUCCUCUGAUAUGAUUACCAUUGUGUGAGGGGGGAGAAUGGGUCUACAGCCCGUCACUGUACGCCCAUCAACGUGUGUGUGUGUAGGUCUGUCUGUCAGUCUGUCUGUCCAGUGCUCUUGUGUUCAGGUUCUGCUUUCAGGUUUCAUCUGUGAGAACAGGACUCGGGAUUAGAUAGGCCAUAGCUCUUAUUAUGCUCACGUGGACUCCUCACAGAAUUUAGAGCCCUGAUUAUGUCUGUUGGGUUCUGUUGUUCUUGUGUGUUGAGGUCCUCCAAUCUCCAAAUGAUUCACACUUCACACAUAAUUUUUAUUUAAGGUUUUUGGCAUAAUUUUGGCCACAACUUUAUUAAAAUACAGAAAUGUGAGUGGUUGCUUAGGCAUUGGUUAUGACUAUCUGUCCCCACGCCUAGGGACAGAACUGACUUCCGGAUUCCAGCGAAAGCCAGUAAGGGAAAACAAUAUUGGGGAGAGCAUGGAGCCGGGCACCAGACCCUCACCCCCCCUCAUGCUCCCUGGGGCUUGCACGGCCCUAAGCCCCCUUCAGGGGUACGGACGAAAGAAUGUCAAGCCCCUGGAUUCCUUUAACAGAAUUCCCUUUCCGCAGCAGCAUUGGAGGGGCAGGCACUGCCAAUCCAUGCCCCUCCACCAACCAAUUUUUUAACCAAUGCCUAACCGCAACCUUACAAGUUGUGACGAUUUGCUACACAGUAGGCAAAAACCAAAUGGCACCAGCCAAUCAGCCAAGUGGACAAAAUUCCUACCAGGCCCCUGCCCCAAAAGCAGGCGACCCCAUGACAGGCAUAGCAAGGUCAACCAGGAGCCCUAAAUUAGGGAGGGUGGACGGGUGAUCCGAUGCAUGCAGCAAAAGUGCCUAGUCAGAGCUGGGUGACUUCAUUUUAUAACCUUUGGUCCAACCCCCUAAACGGCAACACCAAAAUUUGCCCAACAACCCAACCGCUCAAUCACUGCGGAUGGUCAUCCAAACUUACCCGUCCAGCAACAGAGGGGUGGCUUUCCAGACCCCACCUCAACAUGUGUUCUCUAUUUAUGAGAACAUGCUUUGAAGGGAGUUUGCCCAGACCCUAAGGCAAAAGCAUCACCAAUAUGGCACUGGCAACUGUAGGUGCACAUGUGCCCUUGGAGGCUUUUGCUGGUACCCACAGGGCCCCGUCCUGUCCUCAAGAUGAAGUUUUGCAGUGUGUUCUUGGUGGCUGGGUAUGUGUGCAAUACCCAAAAAAGUUUCCCCUAAAUUGCAAACGUUCCCACAGGCCCAACAAGAUUGGCAACUCUUUCCACUGAAUCAACUACUCCAGGCAAUCCUGUCAUAGAAGUUACAGGAAGUAAGGAGGAAUAGGCUGUUAAACCGCUACAAUAUCUAUUACUGUUUCUUGUAAAAGCUGUAGAAAUGCACAUUACUAUUUUAUGAUCUUGGCUAAAACCAAACUGUCUAAAUUUACCUGCUGCUUUAAAUUGAGGAUUAGGAAAUGGGGCAGCUCGUUUUCAGGAAAUAACAGUGGCUGAAUGCAAAAGAGAAAUCACUGUUAUUUUAAGCAAUUACACAAUCAGUAUUUUUGUCCCUGGACCCCACUGUAACUAAGCCCAAGUACGUGCCACUGAAAUAAUUGUAUAUUUUUUUCUCCUGUUCACCCCUCCCAUCAUUUUCUUCCCUCUCCUGUUUUCCCGACUGUGUGUUUUUUAGAUUGCAAACCACUUGGGGCAGAGACUUGUUCUCUCGUUCUUUGAAAUCUGUCACAAACACUGAUAUAUUAAUGAUGAUAAUAAAUAAUAGUAAUUUCUAAAAACUACUGUCUUAUGUGACAUGAUUUCACAUCCAGCCUGGGACCAAGAUUAUCUGACUCCAUUUAAGGGCUGGCUGCAGGUGUGGGGCUUUUUGCCGGGUGGUGGGGGCUUGUAAAAACUGCCCAUUCGUGGGUUAGUUGCUAUAUCGGGGAUGGGCAACCUGCCCCCUACAUUGCUGGACUACAAAUCCCAUCAUCUCUUGCCAUUGGCAUGGGCUGAUGGGAACUGGAGUCCAACAACACUUGGAGGGCCAAAGGCUCCCCACCCCUGCCCUAUAUCACACCCCCCCAACAGAAGCUGUGGGUCUCUGAACAGACCCUGCAGCUAGACAGCUGCCAUGGGAACAUUAUCCAUAGGAAAAUAUAGGGGAGAAAAUCCAUUCUUUAUUGGCUCCAUAACAUUUAACAACCUGUUCUUAAGUAAGGUGUGAGGGUUUGGGGGAUUUGCAUUACUGUUUUAUGCUCCCUGCUGAAAUCAAACUGUCUAAAAGUAACCCGCUGCUUUAAAUUGAGGAUUAGGAUGAGUGGCAGCUCAUUUUCAGGAAAUAAUAGUGACUGCAAUAAAGAAGGGAAAUUACUGUUAUUUUUAGCAAUUACACAAUCAGUAUUUUUUUUUGUUACGGCAACUUUCGUAUUGAAUUACUGAUAAUUUGUCAUCGCGAUGGCAGACAGGCUUUAUCAAAGCUCUUGGUAACCUUGCCGCAACGGAAUUAGAGCCUUGGGAAUCACGGUGGUGUCUAAACUCUAAUUUGGCAUGUAAAAAUGAAACGUAUUUAAAAUUGUUGCCUCCAAAUGGUGGCGAGAGCAGGAUAGCCUCACCGGCAAAAGAAGCAUUUUAGCUUGAGAGUGACUUUCCUGUGAAGUACCAAUGAAUCUAUCUACACCCUACCUUUCAUCUAAGGGGUUCAAGGUAGCGUAAAUGCCCCUCCCCCUCCCAAUUUUAUCCACUCCACAACCCUGUGAGGGUGCUUAUGGGCUAAGAAGCAGUGACAGGACCAAUGUCAGCCAGUGAGCUUCCUGGCCAAUCAGGGAUUCGGUCUCCCAGGUCUGAGGCUCUAACCACUACACCGCACUUCCAACCUCCUACAUCAGUGCUGGAUCCAGGUGUCUUUUUGAGAGGGUGGGGCUUUGUGCAAGAUGCCCAUAGUGGGCCUUCCCUCUGAGUGUGUUCCCCCCCUCUUUGUCCCUUCAGUGUGGUGUAGCGGUUAAGAGCGGUAGUCUGGUAAUCUGGGGAACUGGGUUCGCGUCUCCGCUCCUCCACAUGCAGCUGCUGGGUGACCUUGGGCUAGUCACACUUCUCUGAAGUCUCUCAGCCCCACUCACCUCACAGAGUGUUUGUUGUGGGGGAGGAAGGGAAAGGAGAAUGUUAGCCGCUUUGAGACUCCUUCUGGUAGUGAUAAAGCAGGAUAUCAAAUCCAAACUCUUCUUCUUCUUCUGCCCAUUUGCUUGUCUUCGUCCUCUGCUCUCAGUCCAUAACACCUGAGCUUGAGGCAACUGGAAGAUGCCUCUCCAUAUAUAUAUAUUUGCUCUUGUUGCUGCUUGCACGCUGAGAGAGGGCACAUCAACAAGCAACGAAGGAUCUGGGCUAGCAAUCCUUGACACCAGCCCUGCUCCUUCUGAGGAUUUUUAAUCCAUAAGCAGACUGUCUUUUUAAGGUUUAAAAGACCCAAGGGGCAGGUUGAGGCUUGAGCCAGCAAACAUCUGGCACGAGCGAAGUGGCUUUGCAAAGUCUCUGUGGCUCAAGGAUCGGUGAGUUCAUAUGUGGGAAGACCUGAUAUUCCUGCAGCCAGGGUGUGCCCAGCUUGAGGAGAUGGAUUACAGCAAUCAAGUAGUGUAUACAUUUUGUGAAACAAAACAAAACAAUAAAUAGAAUUGCAUAGAUCUGAACGACAACAAAAAGAGAUGGAAAAUAAAAUAAAGUGAGUCGAAAACGGUCUGCUAUGAAAGGCAUGGGUGGGUAGGGGUCUUGGUCCUUUAAUGCUAGGAGCAAACUCAAGUCUCCCUUGGCAACUGCUUCCAAUAAUAAAUACAAAUCCUUCUAGGUCUGUCUUGCGCAAAACUCCCCAGGGUAUAUUUUUUUUAAAAAAAUUGGACAGCUCUGAGUUGCCCCACAAAUAGAACACUGGCAGCAGCCAGGAGAGGAAAGGAGGCGGGGAGUCGAGCUGAAAAAAGAAGAAAAGUGUUGUGUGUUUUAUACAACUUGUGAUACUGCAAACUGUUUUCACAUGCACAUUGUGCGCAGAGAGGACACCGGAUCUAAUGAGGGGAAAGGGCCACAGGAGGGACUCAAAGCUACAUUCUGUUUGUAGGAUUAAUACCUUAAUUGUCUUGCAUAUAUCUCCUAAGAGAAUUCUAGGGAUCUUAAGAGGUAAUAAUAAUAAUAAUAAUAAUAAUUUUUAUUUAUACCCUGCCCUCCCCAGCCAAGGCCGGGCUCAGGGCGGCUAACAAGCAAUAAUAAAAACAAAUUGAAUGAAUACAACUUAAAAACAAGAUUAAAAUACAACAUUAAAAUAUUGAAACAUUAAAAUAUUAAAAUGCAGCCUCAUCACAGGAGGAGAAAGGAAAAAGAAAGAGGGGGAGGGAAUCAAAUUGGCUCCAAGCCAAAGGCCAAGCGGAACAACUCUGUCUUACAGGCCCUCUGGAAAAAAAUCAGGUCCUGCAGGGCCCUGGUCUCAUGAGACAGAGCGUUCCACCAGGCCGGAGCCAGUGUUGAAAAGGCCCUGGUAAGACCUUAGCUUCCUUCAGACUCUGCUUGCAUUAUUUGGGUUAACCUGAGGCUGAAGUGAACUGAAAAGGAAGAGGCAGAGCCCCUGAAUAAAUCAGGAGUAAAACCAUUAUUGCAGCCUAGUCACUGAUGCAGGAUAGAAAUGCAUUUUUAAAAAACAAUGCACAAUAAGAUUUUUUUUUUAAAAAAAAAAAUUCUAGUGCUGACUAUAUUCCCAAAAGAUGUCACCUUUGUCAGGUAUGCCAAAACAUUUCUUUGACAUGUACUGAGAAAACAUUGCAGAAGGAUUAAAAUGGAAAAUAGCUUCAUUAUCUUACACCUCAAUCCCACACGUGUUUACUCAGCAGUAAGUUCUGUUUAACUCUAAAAGGAAUUGCUCCCAAGUAACUGCACAUAGGAUCACAGUGUUAUGGGCGAAGGCUGAUAAUACCGUAAAGCAUGAUCACGUCUUGCUUGUGCAAUUCCAACUUUGCAUGGUUGAAAGUCGGUUGGUUGAAAUCCUGCAAAUUAAUUGCACACAAGGUGGAGAGCUUAAAAGCUCCUUCUGUGCCAGUGACACACACCUUAGUUUCACCCUGUUUGGAUUACAGUAUAUCAGAAUGAAUAGUUGUAAUUGGAUCAAUCAAGAUCAGGGAAGCAGGAAGAAAUAAAAACUGUGUACCCUGAAAUUCAACACAUGGGAAGUCACUCAAAAUUAUUUAAUUUGGUAUUUGAGUAAUUGGCCUUCUAAUUGUAUUGCAAUUUGGUAUUGUGAUACCAAAUUUUUAUUGGCUUUUGGCUUUUAUUGGAUUAUGGUCAUUGAAAAUUAAUAAAAAUAUUAUAUGGAUUACAGUAAUGCACUCUGCAUGGAUCUGCCUUUGAAAGGUGCUCAGAAACCUUGACUGGCUCAAAGAGCUGCAGCCAGAGUGUUGAUCGGAACUGGUCAUAGGGAGCAAACGACUCUCUUGCUACAAUAGCUCCACUAGCUACCUGUCUGUUUCUGAGCACAAUUCAAAGCACAGCUUAGGUCCAAGCUAUCUAGACCUUCCCUGGGGAAGCUAGACUGGCUCCCUCCUUGUCCUUCUGCUGGCAAGUGAAGACUUUCUUGUUCCAACAGGCCUUUGGGAAUUGACUGCUUUUAAUCAAAGGGCUGGUGCCAUGCUGUUUUUAUUUUAAUUAUCUGUAUGUUUUAAAUACAUGUUAUAUAUGUUAUAGAUCUUUAAUUCCAUCAAUGUUUAAUUAUAUUUUAAUGACUGAUUUUUCUGUUUUUAGCAGUUCUUGUUUUUAUCUGUAAGCCGCCUUGAAUCCCAUCAGGGAGGAGGUGGGGUGUAAAUAAAUAUAUAUUGAUAAUAAUUAUAAGGCAGGCACCAUCAGGCAAACAACUAUCCCUCAGUCUCAGCCCUUCCACCUGUGACAAACCAAUAACAAUUCAGGGCUGUUGCAAUGACCAUGGGUUGUGUCCAGUGCUACACUUACUCAGAGUAGAGCCACUGAAGUCAAUAGACAUAUGGUCAACUUAGGUUCAUUCAUUUUAGUGCAGCUACUCUGCGGAAAACUUAGUUGGAUAAAACCCAAUGAACAUGCAGUGCUUGGAGCCAUUGAGAAAUGUGCAGCGUAAGUACUCAUGACUGAUUGUGAGAUGCUGUGAUUUUCAUUUGUUACAAGUGGUUUUGCGUAGUGCCCACAUAGGCACUAGAACAGAGGUCAGCAAACUUUUUCAGCAGGGAGCAGGUCCCCUGUCCCUCAGACCUUGUGGGGGACCUGACUAUAUUUUUUGGGGGGAAAUGCACAAAUUCCUAUGCCUCACAAAUAACCCAGAGAUGCAUUUUAAAUACAGUGGAUGCUCGGGGUGCGAAUGUGAUCCGUGCGGGAUGCACGUUCGCAACCCGCAGCGGUGCGUCUGCGCAUGCACAAAGCGCGAUUUAGCACUUCUGCGCAUGCGCGGCCCCCGAAACCCAGAAGUAACCCAUUCUGGUACUUCCGGAUUUGGGCAGGUCCGUAACCCGAAAAAACGCAACCUGAAGCGUCUGUAACCCAAGGUAUGAUUGUAAAAGGACACAUUCUACUCGUGUAAAAACAUACUGAUUCCCGGACUGUCCAUGGGCUGGAUUUAGAAGGCGAUUGGUCCGGAUCCGGCCCCCGGGCCUUAGUUUGUCUACCCAUGUGCUUGAUGGUCAGGUUAGAAAUGUCCAGAUAAACAUAAUGAAAAUGAAAUUAUUGCAAUUAUUUGGAAGUUCCCAUCUGAACAACUUUUUCUUCCUUCCACUCAGGGUCCAUUGUAUUUAUGGGGAAGCUGGCCAAUCCUGACACGCAGUCGCAAAAGAGAAGAGACAGAGACUCCCUUUAAAAAGUAAUAAGAAUCACACUAAGGUCAUAUGUGCUUUGAGGGGGAGAUGGAAGUGUGGUUUCUUUUAAUGCUGUUGCCUGCUGAAUAGUCUCUCUGCACCUCAUAUAGCAAGGUUGAAUAAACCAUUUCUGCAUGUACUGUUCAUUUCUAGCUUCUCUGUAAAUUAUUUUAUGUACUUUGGAUGCUCUCAAGUACUCCAGGUAAUUAUAGAAGAUUCGUAAAGUGGAUAUUUGAAAGGAACGAUGUGCACUUCAAGAAGCAGCUAUAUACAAGAGAACGUAUUGUUUCUGAUCUAAACCAUAAAAGGAAAAAGAGAAAAACAAUUCUCAUGCAUUUCUAAGUUCUCAUGGAAAUUUUCAAAUGGCAAGCUUUUCCGUUUUGAUUGCACCUUGACAGUUAUUGCUUCAGCCUACGUGCUGCUCUCCUUUGCUAGCAAACGGGUA